AUGUCGCAAGCAUGGUUGGCAGUAGUUCUGAGCGGAGAGAAGGGUGAGAAUUUAUUAAGCAGGUAAAUUCAUUUGAGAUUGGUCUGGGUGACUGCCAGCUCUGAUGGGCUGGACGUUCUAGUCUGUUGGGAAUUAACAGAGUAAAUUGAGGAUAGGCAGUUGGGGAUUUGGAGGGGUGAGGGAGGUGCAGUGGGGGUGGGGGGAGGGCAGAAACCAGAGAAACCAGAAACCUGAAUAUUAAUACCCAGUAUGUUGUUAAUACUUGUCUGGUGAAGAUCAGAGGAAGGGAGCCAGUUUCCACAAGCGAAACUAUCCAAGCAGCCAGAAGUACUACCAGAGGACAUUUCUGGGUUCAGAGACAGAUUGACCCCAAUUGCUGGGCUGGAUUGUGGAUGUAUUUGGCUGGGGUUAAUUUGGCAAGCCACUUCAGAAACUGUGUUUUGGGUCAUCGAAUCAUAGAAUUGUGGCGUUGGAAGGGACCCUCAGAGUCAUCUAGUCCAACCUCCUGCAAUUCAGGAAUCCUGCUCACAGCUGUCCCUGGCUGGACUCGAACCACCAACCUUCUGGUUAACAGCCAGAUGCCAUUGUCCCAUUUCAUAAAAUUUGUACACGGCUUGACUGUUAAAAACCCUCAAAGCAAAAAAAUUCACAACCGUACUUUAAAGCACACAAAAGUUAAAAUGCUGAAACGGAUUAAAAAAACCGCAACUUUCUAAGCAUCUGCGUAGGCUUGCCUAAGCAAGAAUGUUUUUAGCAGGCACUGAAAAGAGUACAGUGAAGGUGCCUGCUUGAUCUCAACAGGCAAGGGGUUCCAAAGUGCAGGCACUGCCACACUAAACGACUGAGUUCUUGCAAAUGCGGAAUGGGUGUUAUGUGGGCCAAUUCUGCUGAUCGAAGUGGUUGAGCAGGCACAUGUGGAGCAAGGCGAUCUCAGGUAAUUGGUCCCAAGUUGUUACAGUCAUACCUCGGGUUACAGCCGCUUCAAGUUGCGUUUUUUCAGGUUGCAGACCGCCGAAACCCAGAAGUACCGGAACAGGUUACUUACGGGUUUCGGCAGUCGUGCAUGCACAGUAGUGCUAAAUCACGCUUUGCGCAUGUGCAGAAGCACCAAAUCGCAACCCGCGAGUGCGCAGGCGCGGGUUGCAAACGCUGCGGGUUGCGAACAUGCAUCCCGCAUGGAUCACAUUCGCAACCUGAGCAUCCACUGUACUAAUAAAAACGCUUUGAUCCUGGCCCAGUAGCAAAUCAGCAACGAGUGCAGAUCUCUGAGCAUAUGCGUUAUAUGAUGACAAGGCCUCACUCCUGUCAGCAAUCGUGCUGCAGCAUUCUGCAUUAACCGCAGCUUCCGGAUCAUGCAUAAGGAAAGCCCCACACAGGGCAGCCCUCCAGUCUUGAAGUAACGAAUGCAUAAAGUACCAUGGCAAGGCUUUCCCCAUCCAAGAAUGGCCGUAGCUGUUAAACAAGCUGCAGCUGGUAAAAGGCGCUACUAGCCAUUGAAGCUACCUGAGUCUCCAGUGACAGAGCUGGAUUCAGAAGCAGCACCCCAGACUGCAAAAAUCAGGGGGAGUGCAACCCCAUCCUGACCAUUUUCUCAGACACAGGAACAGCUUACUCACAGUGCAUAGUACUGUGUACACAGUAUUCCUUUAAUAAAUCAACAAUCUCAGUUUAAGGUUUAUCCUGUUUCUAGUGUUGGUGUCUGGCUCUCACACUUAAGCCUUCUGUACCAGGUGCUAGGAGGUUUUUGAAAACGUUCAGAGUGAAUUGGUGGCAGUGGAAAAUGAAUGAAGAAUGGAUAAGCAAAAUGGUGUUUAUCCAAGAGAGGCUGAGGGAACCAGCAUCCCUGAUAUAUGGCGUGGCAUUGCAUGUUCGUCCACCUUCAAAACACAUCUCCAAGCACAUCUGCAGACUGUUUAUUCUUCUUCAGGGAAUAAUGAAUGAAGAUGAAUCACAUCUAAAGAGACCAUUUUCCACCAUGACCCUUGCUCUGCUCUGCCAGAGGACAGGCUGUUAUCUGGCUGGUUGAGCAGACCCGGGAACCAAAACACUGGCAUAACACAAAAGGAGUCAAAUGUGAGUAACUCUGGAUUGUUUAGACUAGACAGCAGAGCGCCCGAGCAAUGUAUUCAGGAGAGCAAUGGAGAUGAAAUCAGAGCUUUUCUACAAAUGUGCGUUUAUUGGAAGAAUAUAUUAAAAGAAGCAAUUAACUGAUGGACUGUUGAAGCCUUUCAAGGAACAGAGAGAGAAAGCAGGGUUGUGGUAUGGUGGUGCAGUUCAGCUUCAGAGGAGGUGGAGGGGAAUGGGGGGAAAUGCAAUUUGAAAGGGAGAAUUAAAGAGGGAGAGAAAUUGUACCUAUCUUUCCUUUAGGUUGCAUUCAAAAACCAAGGGCUUAGAAAUACAUACACAGCUGGGAGCUUAGGGCAAAUCAGUAGUGGCCAGUAGGACUGGGCAGAAUCAUUCAGCCACCCUCUUAACGCUGGUGACACUGCAGCUUACCUGGGCAGGGCAGAGUAGAUCAGCAGCAAGGUUGGGGCUGUAGCAUCACAUUGCAUGAAACAUCAGAUUGGCAGCGGUGGUGCACCAGUGCACCCCAGACCUCACCAUCCCCUUGCCACACCCCAGCCCCAUCCAGGUAAGCUGCAGUAGUAUCACUGUUAGGGGGGAUAGAGGAUUUUGUCAGGAAACCUUCAAACUGAAUUUGCCCUGGUUAGCUAGGUUUCUGCUAGUUCACCUUUUCAGGCGAAAGCACCCGUAAAGGGCCACCUUAAAUGGGCAGGAGAGAUCCCUUUGUGCCAAGUCAUUUUAAACCAUUUUUAAUACAGUGGACUCUCGUGUUUCAAACAUAAUCCAUGCGGUAUACAGGUUCGUAACCCGCAGCGUCCGCAACCCGCAGCGGCGCAUCUGCGCACACGCAGGUUGCAAUUCAGCGCGUCUGUGCAUAAGCAAAGCGUGACCGCCAAAACCCGGAAGUAACCCGUUCCUGUACUUCCGGGUUUUGGCAGUCUGCAACCUGAAAAAACACAACCUGAAGCGUCUGUAACCCGAGGUACGACUGUACUGCGUUGCAAUAGGGCCGGCGCUACCAUGAGGCUUUCUGAGUCAGCAGCCUCAAGCGGCACUUGUCAUGGACUGGCUGGCUGAAGAGGGGUGGCGAGAGGCACCAGCUGGGGAACCCUCAAGGGAGCUCCCAGGGGAAGAAGGCUCAGAGCCAGGGGAUUGGUAGUGGGGCGGCAAUGUGUGCUUGGAGAGAGAAGGAGCAGACUGGGAGGAGAUGGUGUUAGCUGAAGAAGCAACAGGCUUUAGUGCAGGCAUAGGCAAACUCGGCCCUCCAGAUGUUUUGGGGCUACAAUCCCCAUCAUCCCUGACCACUGGUCUUAUUAGCUAGGGAUGAUGGGAGUUGUAGUCCCAAAACAUCUGGAGGGCUGAGUUUGCCUAUGCCUGCUUUAGUGAGCAGGAAGAGGUUGUGGCAGAGAGCAGCCCAGAAUCAGAGGCAGAAGUGGAAGCUGGAGAGGAGGUGGGCCAAGGGGCAGAGGUGAGUCGGGCUGGUGAAGAAGCCAGGGGGGGUCUCCCCUUCCUGCUUGCAACCAGUUCCCUCCACCACUGGUCUCCCAGAACCUUCAGAGGUAUGAAGAGGGCAGAGCAAAGACAGGCAAGAAGAAGGAGCCUCAGGUUACUUGGGAAAGACCUAGGGUGGGGGGAGACGUAGAGAGCUGCGGGAAGCUGGGACCUUCAGUCCUUGCAACUGUCUCAUUGGGGCAAGACCUACUGGGAAGAGUUGCUAUGCUCACUAGGCCUUAGCUGUAUUUGUUUCUUUAAACAGAGAGUUAAGUUCACUGGCUCCUUGUGAGUUAUUGCUGACCUACUCCCAAUUCCUGCCUCGACACACUCUGGGUGGGGCAGCAAAUUUGCAUCUGGGUACUGUGCCACCCUGCUGCCUGCUUGCUUGUUUGCAGCGGCAACGCCUCCUCCAUCUCCCUGGAGCAGUUUUGGCAGGAAAGAACCCUCCUUUUUCCUUCUCCUUUUUGUUCCCCUUGCUUUCCGGCUUUCUCUCACCCUGCCACUCUUGUUCCCCAUCUUGUCCCCGUGGCUUUCCUACUUUCCUUCUCCUCUCCCCGCUGCAUUUUCAUUCUCCGUUUCACCCCCCUGGCUCCCCCGUUUUCCGUCCCCAUUUUGCAACCCUGGCUUUUCUGCUUUCAGUCAUCAUCAUCAUCAUUUUUAAUCUGUAUACUGUCUUUCUAUCUUGCAAUACUCAAGGCGGUUUACAAGCUGAAGAAACAAAAAAUGUACCUCUUAUAAUAAUCUAAUGCAAUACAAAAAUGUGAUAAUAAAACAUAACUUUAAAACAGGCAACCUACAUCAAAAAGUAGCAUUCAACAAUCAUUAGAAUAGUAUUAAAUAAUAAUGACAUAUAAAAGUUAAACCGAAAUCCACUCAACAGUUACAAUAAAUAAUUUCUAAACUAGAAUCAAUAAAACAACGGCAAGCCACAGUACAUAAAAUAAUACAAUACAAAUUGAGAAGCAGAGACUAGAGGGUGUGGCAAGGCAGGUGGAAAGAGGCCUUGCCUGAUGGAGUCUCUCCCCUCACAGUUCUUCCUUCAGGAACAGCUCCCUUAUGAGGACUCCUAGGGUUGGAGGGUGGGGCAAGGCAGGUGGAAGGAGGCCUUGCCUGAUGGAGUCUCUCCCCUCACCAUCAGUCAAAGGCACUCAAGGAGGGUACAAAGCAGGACUGGAGAGAGGGUGGCCGGAGUCCUAACGGAGCAGCCUCUAGGUCUGCGUUGGUCUCUGAGCCUGAUAUUCUCUAUCCAUGCUCUAAAGCAGGCUUCCUCAACCUCGGCCCUCCAGAUGUUUUUGGCCUACAACUCCCAUGAUCCCUAGCUAGCAGGACCAGUGGUCAGGGAUGAUGGGAACUGUAGUUUCAAAACAUCUGGAGGGCCGAGGUUGAGGAAGCCUGCUCUAAAGCAGCACCUUUAGCAAACUACAAUUCCUGUGGGCUGUGCCAUUUUCUGUUUUGCCUCAAGCAGCAAUAUGUCUUGGGCCUGCCCCGGUGAACUCCGUGUGGUUUUCUUUUUCAAUAUGAAAAGGAGCACAUUGUUUUAGCUCAGUCAUUCUUAUGUUUCUGUUCAAAUACUGAGUUCAAGUAAACGUAUUCCUACGUACGCGUUCAGAGAGUUUCAGUCUUGCUUGAAAAUAAAUCUAAUUGAUUUCCUUAUGGAAAUUAGUUUUAAGAAAGUAUACUUAGGAUUGCAGAUUGAGAGAUGAAAACAGUAACAUCUGAACAUGGUUUGGUGUAACAAUAACCACACACAGAUACUUUUAAUUUUUUGAAUUGGGGGGGAAGAGGUAAGGAACUGUUAUGGAAGUAGCCAAAAGCCUUCAGAAGAUUUAGGUAGACUUGGUCACAAGUGCUGAAAGCACUCAACAACAGCGUGGGUCCACUUGAGAUUUAAGGGACUGAAAGUCUUUUCAGGGCUGCUGCUGAAAUGUCUGAUUUGCUUUUGGCAAGACCAGCUCUUUUGCAAAAUCUGAUUGAGUACAAAACCAUCUAAUCCACCAACCUUGAACUUCAGCUGUUGACUUGCCAAUUAAUCCAGCUUGAACUUUCAGUUUGCUAAACAUCAAACUAACGUAACAAAGCCAAAGCCAUUUGUGUACUUAAAGUGAACCUGAGGACUCAGCUAAAGCAAAAUCUGAAUGAUUUCCAUCCGUUGAAAAUAUCAGUGUACGGUAUAUUUCAGCCUUAACAAGGAGGAGUUAAAAACUCUUAAGAAUAUCACAAACGUGGUUGGCCCUUUUGUUAAGCAGACUGAGGCAGCUGCCUCAGGUGGCAAAUGAUGCAGGAUGGGGAGUGUGGGCAAAAUGUUGAAGGGCAGAGUUGUGUUUGCACUGCAUGGCCUGCCACCCACCCACUAAGCUAGCCCACUGCCUUCAGAUAUCAUGGAAGAUGCCAUUGCAUCAUCACCAGUGUUGAAAUUAGAUUUAACUGUCAAUCCAGCUUCUUUCUGUAUAUGAAAUUGUUGAGAAGUAUGUUGCCCUUCACCUCAGGCAGCAAAAUGCCUUGUGCCAGACCUGAUUUCAAAAUAAAGGAAAGAAAUGAUCACCUAAAAGCACCUCGAACCGUGGCUCAAGCUUUGGUGUGGUCAAGAAGGGUUGGAUCUAUGAAGGUAUGGAGUGAAGUUGUAAAGGUGUUCCAAGGGUGUUUUCCAGGCCCUAUGCUGGUUCUGAGAGGCAUCCUAGGCCGGGAGAAGGGCUCUUUUUAAGGCAAUCUUCACCAAUAUGGCAUCUUCUAAAUGUCUUGGACUACAGCUCCCAUCAGCCCCAGCCAGAACAGUCUGACUGGCUGAGGCUGAUGGGGGCUGUAGUCCAAAAUACCGAGAAGGCGCCAGGUUGGUGCUGCUGGAAAAGGAAGAUGGCAAAGUCUGGCUUCCUGUCUGUUUUUGAGUGGCCUUGCUUCACCACCCUCAGCAGCAGUCUUUGCAGAGCUGCCGCUCAUGUGACAAUGCUGAGAACCAUUGCAAUGGGCAGGGUGCGACCCCUAUCAUAGGGAAAACAAACAGAAAAGUUAGAAACGGGUCUUCUAUGGGCUGAUUCCAGAGCAGCCCGGCUUCCUUUCCUUGACCUAGACAGGAAGUUUUACCAUAGAUGUUAGAGGACCCAACUCCAUUGUCUGGUAGAAAAGAAAACUUCACAUGCAGUGUUAGCUCCCCUGUGAGAAGUGAGAUAAAGGCUAACUCCCAGUUUCAGAGGGCCUGGUCCAGCCCCCCACCUCCCCAAGCAAAAGUUUCUCACCCCAAGACCUCCACCCCUCAAUUUUGGAAAGGCAAAGAAUUAAAGCAGACAUAGCACUGAGUUGGGAGUGGGGAAUGCAAAUUGCAGGUGGAUCAUUUUAUGAGUAGAGUUUGAUGCAGAUUGGUCAUUUUAUGUUUGGAGAUAGCCCUCAUUUAGCUGAUAAGGGGUGUGUGAGCUUGUGUGGUGGACAUGAUAGUGUGGGGUGGCUGGCCACACCUACCACUGCCAUGCGGCCCCUAGACGGUUUUGGCCCCUGAGCCAAUUAAAAAGUUAGUCACCCCUGGUCUACACGUUCAGUUAGUACAGUGGUACGUCGGGUUAAGUACUUGAUUCGUUCCAGAGGUCCGUUCUUAAACUGAAACUGUUCUUAACCUGAAGCACCACUUUAGCUAAUGGGGCCUCCUGCUGCCACUGUGCGAUUUCUGUUCUCAUCCUGAAGCAAAGUUCUUAACCCGAGGUACUAUUUCUGGGUUAGCGUAGUCUGUAACCUGAAGCAUAUGUAACCUGAAGCGUAUGUAACCCGAGGUACCACUGCAUGUGGAGACAGGAUUGUCGCCCCUGGCCUCACCUACAAGCUCCAAACAUUCAAGUGGUGAUGAGAAAGGGUUCUACAUGUGUACGAUUGAAUGCACACAAGCCCCCCUCGGGUGUUAGGAUUCAGAGUAAACCAAACACAUGAGGUGGGCAGCAAGGAAAAGCACGCUACCGCUGCCCUUGCCCUAAACUUGUGGAGGGUAACUGGUCUGAAGUGGAGAGGUGGGGGGCGGGCCUUCAGCACUUGUGGAGGCUCCCUGAACAUUGAUUUUCCAGGUUUCUAAAGUGCAUAAGGAGCCUCACUGCAAAUUGAGGGUAACCCAAAUGACCAGGAAAGGGCAGAACUAGGCCUCUCAACGCUGCUGCCUGCCCCUUCAUAACACAUGAAGAGGGUUAUUGCGCCAGGUACAUAAAGUGCCUAUUUGUGCACAAUAGCGCCUGUUGUCGCCUUCAUCUGAACAUGUGGAGGAGACCAGGGAGGCAGGCCAGCCAGCAGGGUCCUGCUCCUACUCUCAGAAUACAUAACAAAGGUGAAAACAGAGCUAUUGUGAGGUGGAAGAAUUAUGAUGUGGUGGCAGAGCCGAGUGUGCCAUUUCAUAUUGCAGGCGGGGAUGGCCCUUUAAAAUGUUUCCUUAAAAAAAACACCACGCACAUUUGCAAAAGUCUAGCACAUCAGAGGAGGUCUAGCUCAGAGUGUUCCCAGCUGUACUCAUUUGGGACUUGAAGGGGAGGAAUUAUUAUUCUUUGACGCAAGGCAGCAAUCCUGAAAGGCACCCACCACCACCUGCAGUCUGAAGUGGUACUGUCCAUUAUGCCACCUCAGAUCUCUUGUUACUUCUGCCUCUGCAGACCCAAAGCCUAAACUGCUGCUCUUAGGGAACAACGUGGGAGUGGGGCAGUUUACCCCUGUCUUGGUGCCAGCAAAAAUGUUUUCCUUUUUCUUUUUCAAGUGGAUAGCAUCCAAGGUACUGUAUUCCAUGAUGAAGUCCCUGGAGCAGAGGUACAACACAAACACACCCACCCACGUGGUAAAAGGUAAAGGGAUCCCUGACCAUUAGGUCCAGUCGCGGACGACUCUGGAGUUGCGGCGCUCAUCUCGCUUUAUUGGCCGAGGGAGCCUGUGUACAGCUUCCGGGUCAUGUGGCCAGCAGGACUAAGCCGCUUCUGGCGAACCAGAGCAGUGCACGGAAACACUGUUUACCUUUCCACCGGAGCGGUACCUAUUUAUCUACUUGCACUUUGAUGUGCUUUCCAACUGCUAGGUUGGCAGGAGGCAGGGACCGAGCAACGGGAGCUCACCUCGUUGUGGGGAUUUGAACUACCGACCUUCCAAUCGGCAAGCCCUAGGCUCAGUGGUUUAGACCACGGCGCCAAAUUUAGGGGAUAGUAUGGCAGUUUUCAUUUCAUAGUGGUUAGAGUGUCUGAUUAUUAGCUGGGAGACCAGGAUUCAAAUCCACACUUGGCCGUGAAGCUCACCUUGGGCCAGUCACUGACUCUCAGCCUAACCUGCCUCACAGGUUUGUUGUGGGGAUUAAAUCAGGGGUACAGCAUGUAUGCCACCUUGAGCUCCUUGGAGAAAAAGGUGUCAUAUAUGAAGGAGAACUACCUGAAAAUGAUUUACAGAUGGUAUUUAACUCUGAAUAGGCUUGUUAAGAUAUACAGUAUAAGACUGAAUCAGAUAAGUGCAGGAGAUGCAAUGGGGUUGAGGGUACAUUCUUUCAUAUGUGGUGGGCCUGUAAAAGGGUAAAAGAGUAUUGGGAAAUAAUUUAUAAUGAAUUGAAAAAAAUGUUUCAAAGCACUUCCAAAAAAACCAAUCAAACAACCAGUCUUUUUUGGGGGGGAUAAUUCAGACGGAAAUUCACAGGUGUCAAAAAAGGUUAUUUAUGUAUGCCACUACUGAGGCCCGUGUUUUGUUAGCCGAAAAAUAGAAAAUGAGCGAGGUCCCAACUAAAGAAGAAUGGCAACUUCAACUGAUGGAAUAUGUGCAGCUUACAGACCUAACAUAUAGAAUAAGAGAACAAGAAGAAUAUAUGUUUAAAGAAGACUGGAAAAUGUUUAUUGAAUAUAUGGGAGGAAAUUGUGUACACUUGAAAUCGUUGGCAGCAUUAAGAUAAAUUCAACAGUGUAAAUAAGUUUUGAUGGAUGUAAUAAUGCAAUACUGAAUAGUUUAGUAAUUUAUGUAAAAUAUGCAGGGAUUUGUUAUGCAAAAUGAACCAUGGAAAGAGAAGAAGGGAAGUCACUGAUACAUAAAGGUUGUUUAAAUGAAUAAUCUAAAUUGUAAAACAGUAAGUUUAAUAAAAAUUAUAUAUAUAAAAGAGAAAAAGGUGGCAUAUAAAUGCAACUAAAUUAGGAAGUUGUGAUCAAGAACUCUGCUUCCCUUUUGCUUCAGAUUUCUUGAGCACUACAUACUUGCCUCAGACAUCCUGGGAUGGAGUCUGUGGCCAAUGUACGUUCAAGUUGAUAAGCGCGUUCCUAGUUAGGUAAUCACAAGACAGGGGGACAAAUUUUUAGGUUUUUAAGCUAAUAUAAGUAGAUUUAAAAUAAUUAUUUGGAUAUUUAAACUCUGACUCCUGCCCCAUUUGUGGUACCUUCAAAACAAAGAUUUAGUUGAUCUAUGUAGGCUUUCCCAAACUUGGGUCUCUAGCUGUUUUUGGACUACAACUCUCAUCAUCCCUAGCCAGCAGGCUCAGUGGUCAGGGAUAAGGGAGUUGUAGUCCAAAAAACAGCUGGAGACCCAAGUUUGGGAAAACCCUGAUAGGAUGGUGGAAGGAGGCAGGAAAUCUGACCAUUCGGUUAGUUGCCUUAAGCAACACAUCAAAGGCCGGAGACCCUCUGGGACUCCAGUUCCCGUCAUCUGUGACCACUGGGUCUAAUGGGAGUCGAAGUCCACCAACAACUCGGAUGAGUUGGGCAUGUUUAGCCUGGGAGCUGGGCAUGUUUAGCCUGGAGAAGAGGAGGUUAAGGGGUGAUAUGAUAGCCAUGUUCAAAUAUAUAAAAGGAUGUCACAUAGAGGAGGGAGAAAGGUUGUUUUCUGCUGCUCCAGAGAAGCGGACACGGAGCAAUGGAUCCAAACUACAAGAAAGAAGAUUCCACCUAAACAUUAGGAAGAACUUCCUGACAGUAAGAGCUGUUCGACAGUGGAAUUUGCUGCCAAGGAGUGUGGUGGAGUCUCCUUCUUUGGAGGUCUUUAAGCAGAGGCUUGACAACCAUAUGUCAGGAGUGCUCUGAUGGUGUUUCCUGCUUGGCAGGGGGUUGGACUCGAUGGCCCUUGUGGUCUCUUCCAACUCUAUGAUUCUAUGAUCUCAGCUUCCUCACCCCCCCUAUGCAGGGUGCAUCUUAAGUUAUUUACUGCAUAACAUUUAUACACCGCUUGACUGCUAAAAAGUGGCUGGUGCAACCCAGCCAGAUGGGCGGGUUACAAAUAUUGUCAUCAUCAUCAAAACCCAACCGAUCAAAGCGGUUUACAAAAAGAUCGAGACACCCCAAAGACCAUUUUUUGGUGGCAUGGCUUUCGCGGACUCUCCAAAGCUGAUGCCGUGACAUAUUUUUUUUAACCCUUUACGUGCCUCGAGACUUUUGGUUGAAUCCCCCUCUUCCCGUUUCCCCUCCGGCCGGGCGCAACUGCAACUGGCUGCAUUUACCCUCGGGUAAAAAAGCGUGCCGAGGAUCGCGGCCCUGUAAGCGGGGCAAAAAAAAACCAACUCCAAAACCUGCAUUUCCCUCCUUUCAUGCCAGCCUUUAUUGCUCGAGGCGCGCGGACACCCCACGGGCGAGUCUCCCUCUUUCUAUAAAUGGAUAGCAUUGCGUUCCCUUCCCCCCGGCGGCCUCCCCGCGCCUUCUCCGUCCGCCAGUGGGCGGGCUCGGCUCUCUCGCUCCUGCCCUUCUUCUCCCGCCCGGCGCCGAAGAAGGCGGUCCGCGGGGCGCCGGGCUCCUCCUCGCGGGCGGCGCGUCCUGGCGGGGCGGGCGGGCAGGAUUAGCUCAUCUCGGCCGCGGAGAGGCAGCACAGCGGCGGCGGCAGCAGCAGCAGCAGCCAGAGCGGCGGCCCCUCGGUAGCCUCGUCCUCCUUCCCGCCCGCCUCGUUGCGCGCUGCUUCCCGGCGCCCUCUCCCUCGGGCGGCGGCUGUGCGCACACGGACCCGGGCGCGCAGCAGCUCGUCCCCCUCCAAGCCUCCGGCGUUUCCACCCCCGGCCGGCUCUAUGGCUGUGUGCAAUGGAGACGCCAAGGUCAGUGCCGCGGCGCCGGCGGCGGGAGGGACGGGGAGGCGAAGGGGGAAGAGCGAGCGAGGCAGGCGGGGAAGGGAGAGCGGCGCCGCGGCCCCUCCGCCUUCCGCCGGCCCUGCCGGGCGAGCUUCCUCCGGGGGGCUUUGUGUGUGGCGGCAGCGGCGGCGGCGCGUCGUGCCGGAGGCGGGAGCCAUCUGGGGCGAAGGGCGAGCCCGGCUCCCCGCGCGGCUUCCACCUCCUUCUAGGGUGGCCCCCCACCCAGGCAAACACCCCCACGGAGCUUCGCCUCUUCAGGAAACGACACCCCUCUCCCUCUCCAUUUGCGCGGCGUCCCCCUUUUGCUUCACGCCGGGCACAUGGGGAGAAAAGGCGCGGGGGGAGGGGAGGAAGAGGAAGGGAGGGUGGCUGGCACCCGCUUCCCCCAGCGCGGGCACCCGGGAAGGAAGGAGCUCGCCGAGCGCCCGGCCCCCAAAGUCCGCGGUAGUCCCUCCCCUUCCCCUCCAGGCGCGUUCCCGCUGCCACUUGCCCCACAUGGGCUGUUUUUGCUGCUGCUGCGGCUGCUGCCUCCUUGCCUGGCAGAACGAGCCCCCCCCCCACUUUCUCUUUUUCUUUCUUUUCUUGCCCCCCACCCACACACCCCUAUUACUGGUCAAAGGAAGGCAAUCAGCCCCUAUGCCACUGGCAGAGCGGGCUGGAUUAUUAUUAUUAUUAUUUGGGGGGGGGAAGGAGAGAUAAAGAACUUUUGCCCAAGUCUGAUUCUUUUCGAAAGACCUCUUCCCCCUAUAAGCCUAAGCAAUGUCAGCUGUUUGUUAUGGGGCAGUUACCCGCCCCCCCCCGCUACCCCCCCUUUUAGUAGAUGGGGAUUUGUGUGUGGGGAUUUGUACCUGACGGAAACAGUGUUUAAGAAGUGUGGUGGGCUCGGCCAAGGUAAAAUAGCAAUACUUUUUUUUACUGCAUCCUCGUACUUUUGCAGUUGCCUGUAAGUUCUCGUAACACCCUUAAAACUCUGCUUAUGGGGAUGGUCAAAGGCUUUGCACAAUACUCUCUCUCUCUCUCUCACACACACACACUUUUGAGUGCAUGCUUGUCUGUAAAGUGUGUCUAACCCGUCUGAGAAACUUUGAGAACAGGGACGUUUUGAAAGCAUACUCAUUUUGAAAUUUUAAUUCUGGUACGGUAAGAAGUCUUGGAGGAAUUGCUCUUUCCUUCCUUGUUGAGCAUGGGUCAGGGGUGGGGUGGAGACAACUCUCCGGGUUCACCUUUGGAAAGUUUCACUCGUAUGCCCAAAUUGCUUCUAUGUUGUCUGAUGGUUGUUCCCCAGGGCACCCCAGAAUUAACUUGAAAGCAACACUUCCCCCCUUUUUGAUCCAGCAAAUAUGUUACAAGUCUGUGUCUCUCACACAACCCUAAUUCCCAAAUAAGAGUUUCCAGAACUUCGAAGCUCUGUAUAGACGGGCAAAGCUAGAUUUGAUUCAAAAGCAAUAAAGUUUAUAUUCUACCAAGCAGACUGAGGAAUGAUGCGCUGCAAUAUUAGGCUAUUUCAGAGGAUGCUAAUGAUGUGUACAUUUAAUAAAUAAUAAGCAGGAAUUGUAGUUUAUAAACAUAAGUGGAUUGAAAUGGCUUAUGUCUGUUGAGUCAGACCUCAUGGCCUUUUUUUCCUGUUAGAGAAAACUUCAUACAUUUGAUUUAGUAGCAGAGACGUUACUAGAUUGGGAAUAUGCUACUAGGUGGUGGGGGGAAAUAGUCAAAAUCCUAUUUGUCUAGACUGAAUCAAAUGGGCACAAUCUCUUUCCCUUGGAAUUCCCUUCUCUGGCUCUUCAAAUAAUCUGGGGAAGGGGAGUGUAGCAAGUUUCCUUACACUGAAUUAAACCAUUGGUCCUGCUAGUUCAGUAUUGCACACACCAGGUCUGCAGGAUUUCAGACAUGGGUCUCUCCCAGGCCUACCUGGGACUUUCUGCAUGCAAAGCAGAUGCUCUACCACUGAGCAAAUGUUUCAGAUUAAAGGCAUUAAUGGUAUGGAAGAGACAUCGUUUAUUUCAUAAUUUAUAAAGUGCCCAGAGAAUGCCCAAGCAGUGUGCAGAAAUAGAAAUAUAAAACCCAUUGCUAAAUGACCUGGUUCCAGCUCUACGGUCCUAUGAUUUUAUGAAGACCAAGAAACAUUAAAAGUAACAGAAAUAAAAUAGACUGGUUUGAGAAAGCACAGGAGAAAAGAAAACAGAUUAAAAAAACAGCACAGUGUUGGAAGUUGCUUCACUUUUGAGGCAGUGUUGGAAACUCAAUAUGAAUAAGACGUAGCUCAGUUGGUUAGUGCGUGGUGCUGACAACCUCCAAGGUUGCCGGUUUAAUCCCAUAAGGGAGAGCAGCAUAUUCCUGUAUUGCAGGGGGUUGGACUAGAUGAUCCUUAGGUUCCCUUCCAACUCCAUGAUUCUAUGAUAUACCCUGUUCUAUGAGAUAAUGUUGAUUUAAAGCAGAGUCCUUUCGUGCCCAGCGGAAGGAUGAGGAAAAUGUGUUACAUACUCUAUAUUGCUUUAUUUACAGUUCAAAGCUGGUAUAUUACAGAAAGACAUCUUGCCUCUGCAAGAGCAGAAAAUGCAUCCUCUCUCCUCGACAGCACGGAGAGAAUCAACACAGUGAAAAACAUGACACCAGAGAACGUCACAUCCAGUCUCCCUUUCCCGUGAGAAACUCCAACAGUACAGAUUGUGGAAUGUAAACACUUGUCUCGUGACAAGCAGAGCUGCACAGUGAAGGAAAGCAGAAACCAACAUCCUCCCCCUUUCUGUGAACAUCACUGGGCAGCGUGUUCGUACAGUAUCAGUACAAACCCAACUUUUGCACAUAGGUACAGUGUUGAUCCCUUGAUACAAUCUUGGACAAUACAUCAGCAGGAAUUUCAUUACCUGGCAUAUAGGACACCGUUACGAGUCCCUUCUGAAUACAUUCCCUAGCAUGCUGCAACUUUAAUUGCAAGUGCUUUGUGCUUUGCUCACAACCUUCAGACUUCAGCAAAGCUAAACAUGCUUUGUUGUCCUGGUAAACCUGGAUUGGACAUUUGACAGGAAUUUUCAUAUCUUUGCACAAUUGUACUAACCAUUCACAAUCCUUAAGUGAAUAAGACAGUGCAUUCAAUUCGGCUUCACAAGUACUUAAGCUAACUGUUGUUUGCUUCUUGCAUGACCAAUCAAACAGACUCUGAUUGUACAUGUAGCAAACUCCAGACGUACUUUUCCUGUCUGUAGCGUCACUUCCAAAACUUGCAUCUGCAAAUAUCUCAAGACCACCAGACUUCUGAUUGUUAAAUCUCAGUCUGUAAUGCAUAGUGCCUUUCAAAUACCGCGCUAUGCGUUUCAGAGCUUUCCAAUCCUUGACACUAGGAUUGUUGACUUGUCUGCUUAGCAAAUUACAGCUAACAGCAAUGUCUGGUCUUGAACAUCUGGCAAUGAAGUUUAGCUUGCCUAGCACACUCCUGUACAGUGUAGUGUCAGAAAAUGCUUCUUCAGUGUCAUCUACCUGAUAACCUGUUGUCAUCGGUGUGUUUACAGGGUUAGCAUCCAUCAGAUUUAGUUUGCUUAACACAUCAGCAAUUUUCCGUGACUGGUGUACUAGAAUGUUACCAUCUUGAUCUCUCUCUAUUUCCAGAGAUAGGUAGUUGUUUACCUCACCAAGAUCUUUCAUGUCAAAGUGCUCUUUCAGUUGAGCUAGGGCGCUAUUGUACAUUGCAACAUCUUUCCAAAAGAAUAAUAAAUCAUCAACAUAAAACAAACAGUACAGUUUCUUUUGCCCCUCCUCUUUGACAAAUACACAUGGAUCAGCUUUCCCUUGCUGAAAACCUAGAGAAAAUAAUACUUCAGUGAGUUUUGUGUGCCAACACCGUGCACUUUGUUUCAGACCAUAAAGGGAUUUCUUCAGAGCACAAACAAAUCCCUGUUUUACCUGUACGCCAUCAGGUGGAAGCAUAUAAAGUGAUUCAUCUAGAGAUCCGUACAGAAAAGCUGUAUUAAUAUCAUGGUGACUAAUGUGUAGAUUUUCCUCUGCAGCUAGCUUGAGCAUAAGCCUAAUGCUUUCAUAUCUCACUGUGGGUGAAUAGGUCUCGUGAUAGUCUUCACCUGGUACCUGUGCAAAACCUCUGGCUACCAAUCUGGCUUUGUGUCUGACUAUCUUGCCAUUUUGAUCUGUCUUCGCUUUGAAGACCCAUUUGCUUCCAAGCAGUUUCAUUCCUGGAACUACUGGAACUAGCUCCCAUGUUUUGUUCCUUUCUAAGGAAUCAAGUUCAGCUUUCAUGGCAUUUAACCAUGGCUCAGCUUCCUUUGAAUCCAAACCCUGGAUUUCUUGGAAAUUUGAAGGUUCAAAUACCUUCUUGGAGCUUUUAACAGCUGUUACUGCUAUCUUAGCAAACUCAUCAGCAAAUCUCUUUGGAGGUUUGCCUUUUGUGGCUCUCUGUGACCUACGAAUUAGCCUUAAGUCUUCAACACUCUCCUCUUCCUUCUUAGGAGAAAAACGACCUAUUGUGAACAAUGGUUCCUCCAAUUCUUGAUCAGAGCUUUCAGAGGGUCGCAUAGAGGCUUUCGCACUCUUGAAAUCCUCUGAAUCACCCGAUUCAGUUUCAGAUUCAGACUCAGAACCUUCAUCAGUGGGUGUGGGUUGUUGUUGUUGCUUUUGACUAUCCUCAGUCUCAUCACCGUCAUCAGGGUAACAUUGGAAAAUUCCCACAUUCUCCCCCCCACUUUGCAUUGUACUCAACACUUCUCGUGAGCUUAAUUGUCUUAGAGUCAGUCAUCAUUAUUCUGUAAGACCCUUUCUGAUAACCUAGAAAGAUACCAUGCAAUCCACGCUUGUCUAACUUGGAGUUUUGUGGUGAGCGAACCCACAUGUCAGAACCAAAAAUCUUCAUGUGUUUGAUGUAUGGCUUCUUGCCAAACAUCUUCUCAUAGAGGUACAUCCAAUCGCUGAAGAUAACCUGCGAUUGUAACUGUAAACAAAACACGAGAGAGAUUCGGCCCAAUAACUCUCUGGAAGAUUGGCAUCAUGCAGCAAGGUUUUUAAUCCUUGAAGCAAUGUCUGAUUUGCCCGUUCCGCAAGUCCAUUCUGCCAUGGCGAGCGAGGACUAGACAAAUCGUGUUGAAUUCCUUUCUCAGUCAGAAAAGCUUCAAACUGCUGAGAAGUGAAUUCCCCCCCGCGAUCACUGAAAAGAGUCUUUAUCUUCUUACCAUGCACAUUUUCCAACCAAGCACAGAAUUCCUUGAACCUAGGAAAAGCCUCCGAUUUCUGCUUGAGAUUGUACACAAAAAUAUAUCUAGAAAAUGCAUCAAUGAGAACCAUGAAGUAUCUAUUUCCACCCAAAGAGGGCGAUAGUGGUCCAACCAAAUCAGCAUGAACAACCUGGUAUGGUUCUGUAGCUUUCCUACUAGACACCUUACCUUUCGUAGCCAUUUUCACCUUGUUUGCUGCGCAUGCUUUGCACUUCAUGUGGUACCUGCAGGGUUUAAUAGUCAUACCUUCAACCAAGGCAGGCAUUUUAGAUACUGCCUCAAAAUUCAAAUGACCAAAUUUGCGAUGAAAAGCGUGAAUACAUUCUGCAUGCAAACUUUUGUUAGAACCUGCAAUGCAACAAGUGUCAUCCUGCACCACAUCAUCAUAAUACAAAAUAAACAAAUGAUCAACAUAUUCUGCAUGCAAUACAUAAUCAUUUUCUUUGUGAUGAUGCACUUCUUGUUCUUGAAGGAAACGUCAAUGUUCCGCUCAUUCAGCUGUCCAACACUGAGCAGAUUAUGUUUGGCGUCUGGCACGUAAAGCACAUUCUGUAUCGAUAAGUCCAAACUGUGAAGAACAACAGUUCCGUAGCCUUUACUGGGAAUAGUGUGGUCAUCCGCCUGGUGAAUCGCACCUUCCUGCGGUGUAAAAGACACAAACAGUUUCUUAUCGUUGCACAUGUGGUGGGUGGCCGCUGAAUCUACAACGAAGAAAGAUCUAGACGUCUUCUGGACCUCUGCAACCUUUGGAGUGAAGCGUGAAACCAUAGCCUUGUGCUGCGUUGUCCUAGACACCGGACCUUUGCCUUUGCCUCGGCCUUUUCCGCGCGAUGAGCUUUCGCUGCGCUGCUCUGUCUUGGCCCUGGGAUGUCUGCAUUCCCUCUUCAUAUGGCCUAGACGUCCACACGAGUGGCAUUUCACUGCCUUCAAAGCUUUGGCGCCAUCUGGUGGUUCCACUGCACUAUGGGAUGACGUCUGUGAAGACUCUCCCUUGCCCAUGCAGCUAGCACCCGGCGAUCUGCUUCAUUUAAAAUCACGGCAGUAACAAAGUCCACUGUCAGCUGAGCAGUUGGUUGCACAGCAAUCUGGGUUGCAACAGACUCCCAACCUGAACCCAAAGAUUGUAGUAUCAUGAAAGAAUACACAGCCUCUGGAAAGUUGAGUCCUCUCUGUUGCAGCUCAUGUCUCAGAUUUUGCAUCUCCAUCAGAUGUAAACGCACAUCUCCACCUUCAGCAAGAGCCAUAUUAUGCAGCUUGUUAAAAUAAAACAUAGUUGAUCCAGCUUCUGUCCUUAAGUGAGCCUCUCUCAGAGCGUCCCAAAUUUCUCUGGCUGAGGUCUUAUCACGCAAUAGACAGAGCUCUUCUGGGGAUACUAUCAAUGUAAGAGUUCCCCUUGCUUUGGAAUCCUUAGCUUCCCAUGCAUCUGUAACUGGAACUGGGGGGGUUCCUGUAAUCACCUCAAACAAACCCUCUUUCCGCAGAAUUGCCUCUGCAUACUGAACCCAGUCGCUGUAAUUUUUCUUGUUGAGCUUAGGAAUCCCACAAGCAUCCUGAAGGGCCAUCAUGACUCUGGCAUUAGCCUUCAGCGUCAUUAUAUGCUGCUUUAAAUCUUGCUGCGUCACUGCUGCAGCUGCCUCAUUACAAAGGCACACUUAAACGUUACUGGCGAUUUCCCCAGCAUAGUGACUUGUGCCUGGGAGCCUUUUGCCUAUUCCCGGCAAAACCGGCUUUAAAAGUUCAAAGUCCAGCCAUAAAGCCAUUAACUUGAAGCUGGCAGGCUGCCCGGAGCAGUAGCACAUACCUCAUCAAUCACUUCUACGCGCAGAGCAGAUUCCUUUCCGAUCCGUCCCUCUGCAUUCCGAUCCUUUGCCGGCACUCCGAUUCGACUCCUGGAGUCCAUAACCACGUGUUGAUUUAAAGCAGAGUCCUUUCGUGCCCAGCGGAAGGAUGAGGAAAAUGUGUUACAUACUCUAUAUUGCUUUAUUUACAGUUCAAAGCUGGUAUAUUACAGAAAGACAUCUUGCCUCUGCAAGAGCAGAAAAUGCAUCCUCUCUCCUCGACAGCACGGAGAGAAUCAACACAGUGAAAAAACAGGAAACCAGUGUACGUCACAUCCAGUCUCCCUUUCCCGUGAGAAACUCCAACAGUACAGAUUGUGGAAUGUAAACACUUGUCUCGUGACAAGCAGAGCUGCACAGUGAAGGAAAGCAGAAACCAACAGUUAGGUGCCAAAUGGCUCCUGAAACCGGGGAUACAGUUGGCAAAAUGUCUAGUUGCUAUUUUGGGGCAAGACAGUUCUAAAGUCUUAGAUGGACAGACUGUGAUUGAUUCUCAGUUAAACAUCUGGCUAGUUCAGAUGGUAACCUUGAGCUAGGUUAAGAGCUUUGAGAACUUAAAGAAGAAAAGCAACUUGAUCCAGGGACAGUCCACAUAAAUAUUGGCCUAUUCCGACCUCUCUUUCUUUUCCUGCUGCUCAGGCUGCACAGUAAAAGCAUUUUGGUUCCAGAAAUUCAUUUUCUGACUGUGCAGAUAAAAUAUAACAGAUAGAAUUCUACAGGAUGGGGUGUUAAUGUGUGAAAACAGUCCAGAUCCAAGGAUCCCCAGGCAUGCAUCUUCAGAUGGUGGAGAUAUCAGGCACCAUCCUGGCGCCCAGGCAUCUUCACUUGGUCGCAAGUGGUCGAAAGCCAGGUGCAAAAUGCACCUGGCUAAUUUCGAACACUGUUUUGAGACAAGAGAAUUCCAGAGAACUGGUGCAAAAACUUAAAGGACUUACCUGAGUCCCAGCAAGCUUCACCACACUCUUAACAAAGGUGUUGCAUGUUCUUGAUAGAUUACCCCAGUGAGCAUUUGUUCCAGAGGCUGGCAUUGCCUUCUUGUAAAUGCCUUGCUUGCCUUUAUAGACUUGCAGUAUUCUGAUCUGGUGGGUCAUUUUGUAUGGUAGAGAACAGUGGCUGCCUAGCUGAUGUAACCCACCUAAUUUUGCAAUGUGGGGGUGAAUGAGUGAAAUAAGCAUGUAUGAAUAAGAGUGAGAGUGAUCAGAAUACACAGCGCACAACCAGCUAACACCAACUGUGUCAACCGUAGCAUUUUUAUUGGACAUGUUCUUAGUAAUUCUGCUCUGUUUUCUCAUUUCUCCGCAGAAGAUUCGGCUACUUUUUCUUUGCACUUCCAGUUCUUAAGUGUAUACAGGUCACAACACAAAAAACUUUUGCAGCCUGAGCUGUGAAAGUGUUUAGUUUUCAGAAAGUUUUCCCAGACUAUGAACCUGUUAUAUUAGUAGAUUUCUCUCCAGUCUCUUCAUAAGGAAGCUUUGAACUCCUUGUUGCACAAAUCUUCUGACGAUUUUUGCCUUUGUUUCAGCCUGAUUCUGUGCAGGGUUUUGUGAACCCAUUGAAGUCAAUGGGGGUUGUGUAACUCACUUUGUACAGGAAUGCAGCCUGCCCUCCCUUUUAAAAACAUGCAUGUGUAUAACAUUUUAGAAAGCUUGUUUGCUGUUAUCUGCAUAUGCCUGGUAAUACUGGAGUUUUCUAAAUGCUUUCUGGCAGGAGGAACGAUGAGCAAGGUGUUCUCUAUGGCAUCUUUUAUAAGGCUGCUGUGUUCACUGACACUGACUAGGGUUAUCUAGUUAGAAUGCUAGGGGACUGUCCCCCUUCUUUCAAAACUUUUCUAGGGGGUAUGUCUUUCUAGAUGGUUUCAGGUAGCAGUUUAGCUUUCUCCAUGAUGCCUCCACAGUUUCUUCUUUGUGGCUAUGGAAAGUGGGUACCCAUGUGGUAUAUAAUAUAGCCGUUCCCUAGCCUGGUACCUAACAGAUGCUGUCAGACUACAACUUCCAACAUCUGGGACCAUUAGUGAUGCUGGCUGUGACUCUGGAGCUGGAAUCACAACAGUACCUGUGAGGGUCACAGUUCCUCAUCCCUGUCAUAACAUCCAAAUCACAAACUCAGUGGCAGUUCUGGUGCCAGUUUGACAUGGCUACAAGCCCUAGCAUCCUUGAGCACUGACCAUGCUGCCUAAGGCUGACAGGAGCUGCAGUCCAAGAGAUCUGGAGGGUACCAGAUUGGGGAAGCCUUGUAUAAUGUGUGCAGAUGAAGACAGACUGUUCUCUCCCCCUCCCUUGUGUUAGGGAAACUGAAUUAUCCUUGAUCAGCUGUAGUUUCCUGGGAGUCUAUGCUCAUAGGUGGGUGAGUGGGUACUGCCGCUGUUUUUGGGGAACUUGAACGUUAUGAUUUGGUCAGACUGAGCCCCCACCCCCUUUCCACAUUCAUCUUUGAAUCAAUUUCCCAAUUACUUCCUCUUGCCAGUUCCACGUUGGGGACGUUUGUUAUGACCAAGCCUUGUCAGGUACGAGGUUUGACAACUAACAGUCAUCGUGAUAAGUUAAACACAUAGCUGUCACUAGGGAAAGUAUAAGAAAUAUUCUCCACACGAUGUAACCAGUGGAUUUGCCUUGUAAAAAGUGAAUGUGGCAGAUGGGCUGUGGGAAGAUGCAUUAGAUACAGAGAACUGCUCCUGUAUGGAUGACCUUCCCUGUCCACCGCUAAGUUUCUCAACUUAGAAACAAAAGGGCAGGGGGAGAAUUCUGAUGAACAUUGGCAUCUGUGAACUCAGAACAGCUCUCUGAAUUGAGAUGAGUGAGCGUAUGUGUCAAGCAUGUCGAACGGACUUCAUUUAAUGCUGGGAAUCUGUUUGCCUUAAAUUGUUAAUUAUCCCUAAGUAUGCUGAUUCUGAGAAUGUUGUGGUCGGAAGGUCCAAAUCAAUCUUUAGCUGAUCUUCAGAGCCCUGUGGUUGAUAGUAUGUAGAAAUUGCACUUUUUAUUUGGGCUUUCGUGUCUGCCUCUGCCACAGCAAAAGCUUUUUUAACAUCACCUGGUCAAAUGGCAUUUAAAUUUACUUGUGAUACUCAUUUUUCAGUGCAAAAUAAUCUUGGAUGGUGGUGAAUAUGAUAAUUCCCACCCAUCCUUCUCUGUAAGUACCUAGGGUGGAUUACAGAGAUGUAAAAAUGCAACAUUAAAACCAGUUAAAACAAUCUAGAAUCAGAAGACGAAGCUGGGUCCUAAUAUAUAUAUAUAUCUUAGGUGUCAAAAAGCCAGAGUAAAGGAAGCCUAUGAUGAAAACUGUACAAUGAAGGCACCAGAUGUGCCUUUCUGGGGAGGAAAUUCCAUAGUAUAGGGGCAAGGUAAGGCGUAUAGAUUUGAUUUAUAUUUAUUUGAUGCCUUUAUUUCCCUUCUUCCUUUCCCAGCUACUUACAUAGCUAGUUAGCAUGCACAUGCCACACAUUCCACCCACCCACCAGUAAUGUGCUUUUGCUACACCAGUCCUGGUGUUUUGAGUGUUUUGACAUUAGAGCAAAGAAGGGGUUCCUUUUGCAGGGUAGGCUAGUAUAGGAUUGGGCUCUCAUCUUUGUUUCAAUUUGGGGUGUUCAUGAUCUCCAGAAUUUGCACAGGAAACUGCCAGUAAAGCAAAUCAUGAGAUGGCUUAAAAAAAAAUUUCAUCAUGUAAUUGGUUUGUUUGAUCAGUCACAGAUAACUGCAGACUUCUCAUGAAUGAGAUGAUUUAUUUCAGCGCGGACACUUGUGAUUUGAAUUAAUCUACACAAUCUGAUAUCUUGAAAAGGGAAGAAAAGGGCCUAUUGUAAUUUUAUUCUGACCUCCCUUGUCUCCCGUCACAGCCUUCUUUCCUGAAUGAAGUUUUUCAAUUCAAAUGUUCUUAGCUUGUUAAUGAUUUCCCUUUUAUCUAAUUUCAGUUGUAUUCGAAACUAUGUGCCAUGUAGAAUCCUACUAUUGCAGCUACUGACCACAGUACUCUGCAUUCACUUAGAGUGAAUCCACAUGAUGGUAUUAUGACAGGGGUCAGCAAACUUUUUCCGCAGGGGGCCGGUCCACUGUCCCUCAGACCUUGUGGAGGGCCGGACUAUCUUAUCUACCUACCUACCUACCUAUCUAUUCCUAUGCACACUGCAAGGGGGACAAGUAGUCCUCCUCCUCACCCACCCCAGCCACCUUCUUGGUUUGCCGCCUGCCUCAUUCGCCGAAGGGCUGGCGGUGUUGGCGCGAAAUGAGCAUCCUCCCCGCCUAGAGAAAGAAGGCGCUGUGCUUACUUUCCCAGGGGCUGCCGCCACCAUCACCACCACUGCUGCUGCUUCUCGUGAAGCGGGUAGGCAGAGCGAGCUUGUCCACUUCACUCUCUGGCCCACAGGAGCACCAGGGUGGUGGUGGCGGCGGUGGAAGAGGCUGAGUGGCGGAGGCUCUGCCAAUCAAACCAGUUGUGGCGUAUGAUUGGCAGAGAUGUCCCCACACCGCGCUGAGGUAAAGUAGGAGCGGUGUUUGAUUGGCAGAGCCGCCGCCGCUUGGCCUCUUCCUCCCGUUGCUAUUGCCAGGAGUCUUAGCUUCGCGGCAGGUUCUGGCUUCGCGGUGUGGGCCAGAUUUAGGACCUGGGUGGGCCUGAUCCUGCCCAGGGGCCGUAGUUUGCCAACCCCUGUAUUAUGACAUGAUUUAACCAUUCACCGUUCAAUCAGCCUGAGCAAUAGGCAACUUUCCUUAACUCCAGUGCAUGGCAAAUACAACCCAUGGUAUUGAUAUCCUGAAAGCAGUUUGCCUUUAUGAGACUUAAAAGUUUUGUUCCUUUGUUCUCCCUCCAUGGACAAUGGGCUGUUUCUGCGGUGGCUCCCUGUUUGUGGAAUGCUCUCCCCAGGAAGGCUCGCCUGGUGCCUUCAUUACAUAUCCUUGGGCAAACACAUUCCUCUUCAGCCAGACCUUCUAUGGCCUUUUCAACUGUGUGUGGCCGGGGUGUGUGUAUUAUUUUGAUUGUUGUUACAUUAUUAUUUUUUGUGUUUUUAUACUGUAAACCACCUUGCGAUCCUUGGAUGAAGUUUAAUAAAUAAACACUAAAUAAAUAAUAAACCUUAAUUGCAGGGGAGAACCUCUGGCUCACAGAGCUAAUUAGGCCUGCCAGGCCUCGGAGAUUGGCCCAUCAGGCAGUUUUUGGUAAACUGUAGCCACCGUCCUGGGCCUGACAUACAGUACAGUAUAUGACAUCAAGCGCAGGAAUGUUCAAGCUGUGACUUUAACCUUCAAGCCAGGGGUACAGAGGAAGGUGGAGAUUUGGGAGAGCACUCAAGUGUGCUUCCAUAUUUUUUUAAAAAAAUAAUAGUUCCACAAUUCUCAUCUCCUUAAUGGCUAGGUGAAAAGUGGCACUUAAUGGCAGGACAGCAGGGAUUUCCUUUCUCUAAUACUUCAGCGGCAAAAAAAUCUAGUUAAAGUUUGGUCAUGUGCCUCCAGUUGAUAUAACACUGGUGUUCUGUCAUGGCUCACUUUACAUUUUGCCAGUCUCAUAAUCGUGGCAAAGAGAUCAGGUAUACUCCUUGGUCUCUCCUCCUCCUCCUCCUCCUCCUCCUCCUCUUGUGUGUGUGUUUACAGCAAUUCUGUGCAACCCAUUAAAAAGUUCUCUGGGCAGUUCACAAAUAAAAGUUGAAACAACAAAGUAUAAAAAUAGAGCCCUUGCUAAAAUUGAACCCUAGCCAUAGUUUGUUUUAUCCAGAAUCUGAAUUCAGUGGCUUCAAACUUCAAAGUUCAGAACUACCUAUGUUAGAGUUCAGUUUGCUUAAGUUGUGAUGUUAACCAUAGUUAGCACGCAAGAGGAUGGUAAAAAGAAAAGGACCCCUGGAUGGUUAAGUCCAGUCAAAGGCGACUAUGGGGUGUGGCGCUCAUCUCGCUUUCAGGCCGAGGGAGUUGGUGUUUGUCCACAGAGAGCUUUCCAGGUCAUGUGGCCAGCAGGACUAAACUGCUUCUGGCACAACAGAACAUCAUGAUGGAAGCCAGAGCUCACGGAAACGCCGUUUACCUUCCUGCCACAGUGGUACCUAUUUAUCUACUUGCACUGGCAUGUUUUUGAACUGCUAGGUGGGCAGGAGCAGGGACCGAGCAACGAGAGCUCACCACCGUCGUGUGGAUUUGAACCGCCGACCUUCUGAUCGGCAAGCGGUUUAGACCAUAGUGCCACCCAUGUCCCGUGCAAGAGGGAGACCACAAGUGGGGAAGGAGGAGAGUAGAAGGGAGAACGGAGAGGAAAUAAAAGUUUCUGGAAUAUUGUCAGCCACCGUUAGUGCUACUUUAUUAGGGGAAAGGAAUGUAAACGGAAGUAGAAAAACAAGCUUUGCCCAAUGCACCUCCCUGAAAUGUUCCAUUUGUGCUUGUAUGGCAGAAGAGCCUUUUGUAUUUUGUUUUGAAAACAGAUGUAGUACAUAAACACUGCAAACCUCUAAACCCCGAGGAUAUUGCUAUAUUUAAUCUUCUGUUACUUUUGCAUUUGGCAGUUAUAGUUACACACACACACACGUUACAAGAUUGCCUUAACACCCAGUCGAAAUCUGUAAUCUUGUAUCCAGUUGCACUCUUAUAAAAUCAAUUUGAUUAGAGUGAGAUGCAUGUGACACAUGACUGACUGCAGUAUUUUAAUGUGGUACCCAUUCCGUACCUCUUCCUUAAGAGCAUGCAUGGAAUGAUGCAUAGCAGCCUCAAUUUCUUAAAUCAAUAAUGAUUGCUUACAGGACCACCUCUGGUAUGCCCUGAGGAAGACCUUAAGGUCCACAAAUGACACUUUGGAGGUCCCGAGCCUCAUAGAGGUUAGAUUGGUUUCAACUAGGGCCAGGGCCUUUUCAGCACUGGCCCCAACGUGGUGGAACGCUCUGUCACAAGAGACUAGGGCCCUGCGGGACUUGACAUCUUUCCACAGGACCUGCAAGACAGAGCUGUUCUGCCUGGCCUUUGGUUUAGACUCAGUCUGACCCUUAUGUUUCCCUCCCCUUAUGGUCUUGAUUUAUCGGCUACUUUAAAACGAGGCUGCAUUUUAAAUUGCAUAUUAACCUGUAUUUUAAAUUGUCCCCCCCCCCUUAUGUUUUUACUGUGAUUUUUUUAUUGGUGUUAGCCGCCCUGAGCCCGGCUCUGGCCGGGGACGACGGGGUAUAAAUAAAAUUUAUUAUUAUUAUUCACAAAUGACAUACAGUUAAUUUUGUACAGUAUAAAGGAAGUGUUCUGUCUGUGAGUUUUCUUCUGAUUGCGGUCAGACUCUUAACUUUAAAAAAUUACUAAAGCGUGUGUCAGGGCUGCGCAAAAUUUGGUUUUCAACAUUGUGAUAUAUCACCAGCUAAAUAUUGUGUUAUACUGAUAUAUCACAAUGUCUGAAAUACGGAUGGAGCUGUGUAGAGGCAUUGACUGGCUUCACAGUUUUCCCUGCAUCCUGAUUUUUGCCAGUGACUGCUUUUGUGAUUUGCUGCCCACUGCAUGGAGCAGGGGACAGCUGAGCCAGAAGAGUUAACAGGGGCUUCAGGAAUUGAGAGAAGCAUUGACUGGCUUCACGGUUUUCCCCUCAUUGUGGUUUUUGCAUAGCACACACACAUGUCAUGAUUCGUGAUAUAUUGCCAGGUCAGAAAUGAUGAAACUGAUAUCACAAUAUGGACUUCAAACCAGUUUUGAAGCCCUAAUGCAUAGGUCAUUCCAGUUCAUACUGUGAAGGAGAGUAAUAUGGUAUGGGCAGACCUAUUUGUAUGGAAGUAGCUCCAUUUAUUCCCUUCAUGAGUGCAAUUCAUUUAUUUAUAUUUACCUUUAUACUUACCUUUAAAGCCCUAUGCGGCCUAGGACCCUCGUACCUACGGGACCGCCUCUCCUGGUAUGUCCCACAGAGGAACUUACGAUCUUCAAACAAAAACAUCUUGGAGGUCCCAGGCCACAGAGAGGUUAGGCUGGCCUCAACCAGAGCCAGGGCUUUUUCGGCUGUGGCUCUGAUCUGAUGGAACGCUCUGUCACAAGAGACUAGGGCCCUGCAGGACUUGACAUCUUUCCGCAGGGCCUGCAAGACAGAGCUGUUCCACCAAGCCUUUGGCCAGGGCACAGCCUGACUCCCUCCUUUGGCAAUCUUCAUAGAACUCUAGCCCAAUGGUUGCCAUCAAUUUGAUUUGAAUUAAUUUUAUAAUGAAAUGAUUUUAGAAUGUUGUAUUAUUUUAUUGUUGUUAGCCGCCCUGAGCCCGUCUUCGGCUGGGGAGGGCGGGAUAUAAAUAAAAAUUUAUUAUUAUUAUUAUUAUUAUUAUUAUAUCCAUCUAUCAGUCGCUUCCCUUGAAAUACCUCAAAGCAGUUUCACAAUAAAAACAAUUGCACAAUUUCACACACACACACACACAUAUAUUUAUAACAAUUAUAAACAAUUUCACAUCCUACACCACCUGAAUCUCUAAGCUACGCUUCCAGAUACAUCCACAAAGGUUGCUAAAAUACGCAUGUUAUUAGCCCAUCUGUCUCUGCAGCUAGUGCUAGUAAUUUAUUGUGACACAUCCUUAGCCUGAUUAGGGAUGCAGUCUCAUCUCAUUUCUAAAAUCUUCCCAUCCUGUUCACCUGAAAGUACGUUUUUGCCCAAGCUGAGUGGCUGUUACAGGCCUCCUCUUGGGUGACCCUUUCCCAUAAAAGUGUUGCCGAUUGCUAGAUGCUGCUUCUAGCAGAAGCAAUGGCAAAAAAGGAAGGAUGGAUUAGAGCCCUAGGAAGAGGUGCAAAAUGACCAACAUUGCAUCUAUAUUCAUUAAUAAAUAGUAUCUGUUAAACUUGACUAAUGCAAUGUGUUUCUCCUAAAUUUUCUAUUUAUUGCAUAUAAUGCUACAGUCUAGGGUUGUUGUUAUUGUUGUUUUUUUUAAAAAAAUCCCAUGCAUUCUUAAUUAUUCCAAGAGACUUCCCAAAGCAAGAGCUUGGAAGUAUCUUAAAUAAUUAACUUAGCUACUUACUUCUCAUUUAAAAAGUAGUUUAAUUUUCUGUUCUUGCUCUGUGCUGAUAAUCCGAGUGAUAAAAGUGUUUAUGUAAAUAAUGUUCACAGUUGGAGAAUGCUGGAGAAGAUCUCAAGGAUGGUCUCUGCCGCUACGAUGGAGCUGUAGUGAUACUUGAUGCUGGGGCGCAAUAUGGGAAAGUCAUAGAUCGCCGAGUCAGAGAACUGUUUGUCCAGUCGGAGAUAUUCCCUUUGGAAACACCUGCCUUUGCCAUCAAAGAACAGGGAUUCCGGUAAGAUUUGUUCUGUUUUGUGUUUUACCUUUUAAGUUCUGAACUUCUUCUGGGAAGCCAGAAGGAGGACUUGCACGGUGCUUUUCUUUAGAACGAGUAACUUGACUGUCAAAUCAAUUUUCUGAUAUCAGCUUUGGAACAUCACUUUGGAACACCUAGUGAGGGAUGUACUGAGGAAAAUGUACAUGGUUUCUUCUCCAAACUUGGACCUCCAGCUCUUUUGGGACUACAAUUCUCAUGAUCCCUGACCACUGGUCCUGUUAGCUAGGGAUGAUGGGAGCUGUUGUCCCAAAACAGCUGGAGGGCUAAAUUUGGCCAUCACUGCAUUAGAGGGUGGAGAUGUAGGAUUGAAUGUUUGAAUGCUCCCCUUGCCAGGCAGAAGACCAGUACAGGAUAGAAGUCUACUCUAGAACCUUCACUAUAACCUAUGUUUCUCCUGUGUUUAGGGAGUGUUCCAUAGAGAGGGCAUUUAGUCAUUCAGUUGCCAGGAAUAUUGUGAGAUGAUACAGACCAUACAACAUACUGCCCCACUUUUUUUUUUUUAAAGCAAAUGCAGAUUGGAUCAGACACUCGACAUAUCAGAUGUUAAAACACAUGCAAAAUCCUUCUGAAAGCGUUCUAGACUUGAGAGGGAGGGGAUUUGGAUAGCCAACCCAUCAAGGACCAUCCUGGAAUGUCAGCAUCCUGGAAGCGCCAGCAUGGUGUAGUGGUUAGGAGCGAUGGACUCAUAAUCUGGUGAACCAGGUUCGCUUCCCCGCUCCUCCACAUGCAGCUGCUGGGUGACCUUGGGCUAGUCACACUUCUCUGAAGUCUCUCAGCCUCACUCACCUCACAGAGUUUUUGUUGUGGGGCAGGAAGGGAAAGGAGAUUGUUAGCUGCUUUGAGACUCCUUAAGGGGAGUGAAAGGCGGGAUAUCAAGUCCAAACUCCUCCUCCUCCUCCUCUUCUUCUUCUUCUUCUUCACAUAUGGCAAACACUGGGUCAGAUUCAAAUUCAGUGGUGGGAUUCCUGGCUUCACCCAUUUCAGAUCAGAAGACCUGUGAGCUUUCCCUCUACUGAGACACUGUGAUUGUGGGAAGUAAGGGCUGAAUGGAACAGAAAGAUCAAGUUGGGUAUUAUCAGUGUGCUGAGGACAAGCUCACUUGAAACCUUUCUGCUGUUUCUCCCCCAGUAGUAUUAAGGUGGAAUCCAUCAGGAUUCCUUAAUAGAGAGAUGAGGGGUAAAGACAACAAGCAAUUUGCUUAUUGCACCCUCUGGACCUUUCAGUUGAGGAGCAAGCAAUUGCUUUUCAAGCAGCUAUUUGAACAGUCACACACAUAGACCAGGGGCAGCUCACCUGUGGCCCUACAGACGCUGUUGGACUCCAACUCCCAUCAGCCCCAGCCAGUGGCCAAGGAUGGUGGAAGCAACCUUGACUUAGAACUUCCAGUGCCACAAUUGUGGCCUAACAAGAUUCACAGGAGAAAUGGCACCCAGUCAAUGUCAAAGCAAGCAUUACUGGUAAAAAUCAGAUGAGUGGUACAGCAGCCAUAGGAAAAUAUUAUUUUAGUGCCUAAGAUAAAACCAGUGGUGGCUAACUUUUGGUCCCCCGGGUGUUGCUGGUCUACAACUCACAUAAUCUCUGACUAUUGAAUAUGCUGGCUAGAGCUGAUGAAGUUUGGGAGUCCAACAACAAAUAAAGGUCUGCAGGUUAGCCACCUCUAGGAUUUACCACUGAGAAUGAAUUCAAACACGCUUGUAGGAUUGAAUGCAGAAGGUAACAGCUUAAACCUCCUAGAUUUCAAGUCCAUUUACCUCCCCAUAAAAAACUUUUCUCAUCAGAAUGUUAAAAACGCAGUAGCAGCAGAGACAACAGGUGCACACUUGUUUUCCUAAACCUACCAGUUCUGUGGCACAGUCUUUAAAUGCUAUUGUUGCAGCUGGUUGCUUGUUUUUUUGUUUAAAACCAGAGCUCUGUCUUCUGUUAAAUGGAAGGAGGGAGCCUCUGUCAACAGAGUGAGUGGCAGGAGUUGAACGGGUAGAUGAUGUGCGGACAUUUCAUAGUUCAACAAGGCUGUCAACAGGAAAGUAAUCCUCAUAAAUGUCUCCCAGAGAGGUCUGGAAAUCCAUCCAGUUCCUUGAGGUCCUGAAGUGAUCAUGAAGUGGGUUAGGAUGUUAUAAACCAGGGGUAGUGGGAUGUGGCAGGAUAACAACCACAUACUCCUUCCUCCCACUUCCUUUCCAUUCUUGUUUGAAACACCCAGCCCCUCUCUAGAUAGUCUGUCUUCACAACAGGAGCAAAGGUUCGCAAGGAAUCUGUUCCUGCAUAAGAUAAUGGGCUUCCCAUGACAACACUGUCUUCUCUAAAUUUCCUGUUCAGAUUAUUCUUUGCCUGAUGCAUAGAUUGCCUGCGUCUUGCUCUAAAACAUGCCUGUUUUCCUUUGGAAAGAUUGUGACAACAGAAACAUUCACAACUUAAGCUCAAUCCACGGAAGAGAAGGCCCCCUCUGUAUGCCUAUUCUCCUCAGGGAAUAUUACUUUUCCAUUUUUGUUGCAAAGUCAAAUAAACAACUUGUGAUUUCCUUGAGCUGAAGCUGUAUAAAACACACACUCCGUUUCCGCAUUCCAGUGAAAAAACUUGGGAGAUUAUUCUCUCUCUCUCCCCCCGCUUCACUUCUGCUUAUUUUUGUAGAUGACAGUAGACAUAAUAAUGGUCUGUCUGAACAUUCAUAGUUUGUAUGAACGGCACAGGGACUUUGGUUCAGAAAUCCAGCAAAUGGCGCUCGCAGAUUGAUUACAAAUUCCCACAUUAAAAACAAACCGAUUAGUUGCCUAUCUGCUCAGCUUAGUUGUAGCCCAUCCUUAUCCCAAGAAACCUAUUUUAAGUGUAAAACGUUGAGCUGAGCAGGAAUCGUAGUGAUGAGUCUCACGUGAAUUACACCCCCUCUCCAUCUGAAUGGCUUCUGUCCCAGAAGAAAUGUACCACAAUUCUCCCGCUCCUUAAAACCUAUAUGUUUCUUUAACAGAGACUCUCAGGAGGUAGGAAUAGGCUUAGAGCCUUCAAGAAGUGCUUUAAGUAAUUAGGGCACCUCCUUAAGGCUCUAAGGGCCAAUUUGUGCAAUCAAAGGAUCAAGUGGCUUAAAGUCCAUCAGGUUGCAUGCUUUGAAGUUGGCCCGUGAGGAUGCUAAGUUAACUCUUUCCCUUGACAGGGUUUUUUUAAAAAUAAAAAAUCUGCAUAGCAGAGGGAGAUUUCCUUCCCCUGCUGCAACACAAGGGGGAGAAUAUUUGAAUAUGUAACAUCCCCACCCUUCUGUGUUCACACAUGCUGUAGUGGUGCUGUCCACAAAAAACUUUGCUGUUUGUAUUGUCGACCCCUAAGAAAAAGAAAAGAGCGUUAAAAAAGAGCCUCAAGCCAAAAAAGCUUCAGCUGAAAAGUUUGCCCAAGCCUACAAAUAAAGUGCCUAUUGCAGCACGGAAGUUCGAUAUCAGAAUGAUAGUUCAUCUCCUCACUUAUUUCCAGGCGUUUAAAGUCAACUUGGUUAACAAAGUGUUCUGUAAUUUCCAGAAAUCUAAAAAAAAAAUCAUUAAUACAGUGGAAAGCGUUCUGUAAAUUGGCUUCAUAUGUAAAACUUUAACAAAGAGCUGUUUUCUAAGUUUUUACUACAUUUGUGAACUCUUUUUGGUAGCUUUUAGAUAUAUAAUAUCCUUUCCUGUCUUUUAAGUAUUUCUAGAUAAUAUUUAGGAUUCGGUUCUGGAGUUUUUCCAGAGACAGGAAGAUUUGCUGUUCUAAAAUAGCUGCUGAGAAUGCCCCUUUAUGCCAUCAGUGUCCAAAAUUAAUGCUGAGCUAGUGUCAUGUAACAGUGUUACACAUGGGAGACCAGAGUUCGAAUCCCACUCAGCCAUGUAACUCACUAGGUGACAUUGGGCCUAACCUACCUCACAGGGACACACACACACGUUUAUGGUAUGCUGUCCCGAGGGUCAACCCUGUCACUGUUUUGUUGUUUGGCAAAUACAUUUUUGUUUCCCUGGGCUUUUAGGCAACACCUGUGUUCUUGUACAGCUACCGUAUUUUUCCGUGUAGAAGACUAGGUUUUCCCCCUAAAAAAUAAUGUCCAAAAUUUGGGGGUGUCUUCUACAUGGAUUGAUUCCCCCCAUUUUCUUAAAUUGGAGUCCCCCAAAAUAGGGGGCGUCUUAUAGAUGGAAAAAUGCGGUAAAUCUAACUAUGUUUGUGAUUUUUAUUGUAUAUUUUUUAAACUUUGGUUUUAAAUUACUUUUAUAUAUAUAUAUAUAUAUAUAUAUAUAUAUAUAUAUAUAUAUAUAUGGGAUAUACCAUAUUUUUCAAUGUAUAACACACCCCGGGUAUAAGACGCCCCCUCUUUUUUGGGACUAAAAAUUGAAAAAAAGGGGGGGGGGGGAGAUUGCCCAGAGUUGUUGAGCUUUUUUCCAGAGGGGAUUGCCCAGACUUGGUUUUUUUUGGGGGGUGCCAUAAAUCGCUCACCCGCAGGGCCGCAACAGCCAAACGCACACACAUCAACGAAACCACCAAUCAUCUGCACAAAUAAAGGACUAUACUGUUGUAUAAUACUGUGAAAAUGCUAAUAAACUAUAGGGUGUUUUUUUAAAAAACGUUUUCACAACACUUAUAAGAAUUAUUCUUUGUAAGAAUUAACAAAGAAGCCUCAGAUUCUUGAAUCAAAAAUACCCCUCAACCUUUAAACUAGGAGAUGUGAGUCAUUGGCAUAUAGCAUAAUUUUUGUUUUUGCUGAAUGCUGAAAUUUAGAAAGGCAGAAAUCUAACGAUAGGGUGGUUCUUAUUUGCUUCUAAUUUUUUAAAAGCUGCGCUAAUGAACAUCUUUUUUAAAAAAGUCUUUUUAAUGUCAGUCUUGAGAAUUCACUGUUCCAGUAAAGCACGGCUUGCUCAUUUUAUAGAUCAGGAUGCCACAACUUUCUUUAUAAAGGUUUUUUGUUUUUGAAAGUAGGUAUUAAAAUGGAAUUUUUUUUAAUGUGGUUUAGUUCCAAAAAAAUCAAUCUUUACUUCUUUAUUUUUUAAAAAAAUACCUGUUUCUUUUGCAGGGCUAUUAUCAUAUCCGGAGGACCAAAUUCAGUUUAUGCAGAAGACGCUCCCUGGUUCGACCCAGCAAUAUUUACGAUAGGCAAACCAGUUCUUGGAAUCUGCUAUGGCAUGCAGGUGCAAAUAUCAUUCUAUGGCUGUAUGUUUUUGUAGCUCAGUUAAGAGCAAAUUUCUGGCUUUUGUGUGUGUUGUAUAGCUGCACAACGCAUGAAAAUUAUGUUUGAAGUUGAUUUAAGCAGAUGCAGAUAAGGACCCUUUUGAAAAAAAUUGAGAAAUGGUUGUGUAUUAAUUCCUUGCAUUUCACGCACUGUGCAGUCCCAGGUGCAAUCUAUGCAUGGAUACAAGGAUUUUGCAAGCACAUCUGUUGUUCAAAGUGUACAGAAGCCUGCUGUGUGGUGAUUCAUGAGCCUUUUGAGGCCAUCACUAUUGAGGGGAAAACAUGCAUAAUUUUAAAAACGAGGAUGGCUGUGGUCUGUCAGGUAUAUUAAAUGGGCUUGUAUUGGUAUUUAAGUUUGCUUUGAUAUUUAGCAUUUACGCACAUUAAUCUGGGGGCUCUCAUUAAGGCACUGUGAGAACUUUACAUGCACAGACCUUAGGUUUAAUUAUAAAAAAUAAGCGCUUUAGAUAUACGAAGUCCUGAAUGUGAAUAUUGGGAGCCUGCUCUGUAGGCUCCCCAUCCAGAUAACAAUAUGAGAGGUGGUUUGGAGGGAAAUGUUGCAAAAAACAAAACAGCAGCAAAACGUUAAGAGGGCAGAAAAUAAGCCCUGAUGAUAGGAAGACAAAUGCAUCAAAGCAGGACGUUAUCAACAGAGAGAGAAAAAGUGUGUUUUAAUAAUUUAUUAAAUGAGAACAAAGAGCAAGGCUGCCAAAUAUUUCAAGAGAGAGAUUUCCAUGCCCGAAGGGGUCGUGAGAGAGAAUACCCAAGACAAGGAAUAGCACAACGGAGAGUGGAAGCUUAGUAAGAAGAUUAGUAUCUGAUGAAUGGUGAGACCAAGAAAAAGAAUAGAGAGAAAACAACUAAGAUGAUAACAGGCCAAAACCGUGAAGAGGCUUGGAAGUCAGUAGCAGUCUCGGUUCAAUAGAGGAAACCAGUGGAGAGAACCCUUAAGAGAGGUGCAACACGAUUAAAGCAUGAAGAGAAGAAAAUGAAGCACUUGGGGAAGUGUUGAGACUAGAGAUAAUAGGUUUAAGUGGAGGGGUAGGAAGAAACAGUAAGCAAAUGAUUGCAAUAAUCAACGUAAAAUAGAAGAGGGAGUUUGUUAGAAUAGGUAGCUAGAAAAGGAUGACGUUUGGAAAGGCUAGACCUGACAUACCUUAGCUGGAGCGAAAAUUGGAGUGGCGUGAAGGAGUGACAAGGCCUCAGUUGUGACCAGCAGAAUGAGUUGGCAUGGAGGAAGAAGGUGUGAAUACAAGAAUCAAGAAGAGAGAAAGAGAUCUUCUGGAAUAUAGGUCCUGAAAUGGCAAGGAACAAGAGCACAGAAGAAGAGCAGCUGAGGAAAGAGGUAAAUCUGAACUUAGAAAGGCCAGGAGGAUGACCGAGAGCUAGGAGAAUUGCAUACAUUAAAAGGAGCAUGAACUUCUAAAGCAAAUGUGUCAGGUGAUGGUGUGGUUGCUCGAGAGCAAACAGGCAAGACUCCAACCUGUCUCUUCCAAGCUUUAUUAUUAAUACAAACUAUUUACAGUGUAGAGCGUCGCAAGUCCAUGUCUGCUCAGUCGCUAGCAGAAUCUGGGCAUGGCCGGUCCUUGUACCUCCCCCAGCAUAACAGUCAUGUGACCCCCAUCCUUCUCCUCCCCUCUCUGCGCCCAAACCUCCUGCGCAGAGUGGGCACUGGCAAAGGGGGACUUGCCUCCCCUUCGCUUUGCUCAGGCUCAGUGUUGAAGCUCUCCCUAGCAUCUCCUGGUCCCUACGCCCCCUCCCCACUGGAGGCGGGGCUUUCCUCCUCGCCAGAGGAGGAACUGCUUCGCAAGAUCUUUGGAGGCUCCCUGUAACACAACUGCCCUUCCACCUCUCGCCUCUGAGCUGAUGGCAGUUCCCUGACAAAAUGGGAGGAGGGGAAAGAGCAAUUGGAACUGGCAUGACCAUGAGAACCCUUGCGGUUUACCCAACCACGUGCCCUGCAGGAUGGGUCUAGUGGGAAAAGUUUAAUGAAUUGUGAAAUAGAGAGCAGGGGCUGACCCUAGGGGUGUCAGUGAGAGAAGUCCAGGUUUCUGUGAGAGCAGCACGAAUGAGGCUGAGAGGUCCAAUGUGGCUGUGUUUCUCUUUUUGAAAAGAAAGUAUUUUAUACAAUUCAUUUUUCUACAUCGGAAGUAAGUGAUAUGGAACCUGUUUGGGUUAGGACUAUACAGUGGUACCUCGGUUUACAAACAUAAUCCGUUCCUGAAGUCCGUUCCUAAACCAAAUCCAUUCUUAAACUGAGACGCACUUUCCCUAAUGAGGCCUCCCGCCGCCAGUUCCCUUCUACCAUUCAGCUUCUGUUCGUAGACCAAGGUAAAGUUCGCAAACCGAAACACUACUUCUGGUUUUGCGGAGUUCGUAAACCGAAUAGUUCAUAAACAGGACUGUUCGUAAACAGAGGUACUACUGUAUUGCACUCCAUAGUCAUCUGCUUUGCCACUGUGAGAACAGAGUAUUGCUGAAUUUGAUAAGCCUUUGGUCUGAACGAGAUGGGCAGGUCCUGCGUUCUAUUUAAGGGUGAAGUCUAAACCCCAGAAAUCAUUGGAAAGCCCUGACUAAAUUUGGGGAAGCAAAAGCUGGUUUCUGUCUCUACAAAUUCCAAAGUGUGUGUUGUGCCGGGAAGUGGAACUAUCUCGGUGUUGUACUGCAGCACAUUAUUGUGCAAAUCCAGGAACAACAACACCAGCCCCAUGACUGAGCCUGAGUGAGCUUGCAAAAGACUGUGUACGGGGUCUGCUCGUCUCUGUGAAAUCAAAUACCGCUGCUUAAAAGUUUGCAGCAACAAUGUGGAAACAGUCAAGCACGAUGAAUGCCAUGUCAAAACAAAACUCCCUCAAAUAGCAAGGCUUUGUGAGAGAUCAAAUACAGUAUAGUGAGAAAAUAAUAAUAAAGCAAGUUUUCAGAUUGCUCGCUGCAAUAGUCAUGCUUAUACACACAAGGAGUAGUCUGUCGUUGGCGAAGGCUGUAAUCCAAGAUAGAAACAUCGGCCCCACUGGUUGAGUGGAACGGAUAAUCUUCUGCUAUGAUGCGAUGCUGAAGGAAUAAUGAAUGGCUUUCCCCCUAUCUGUAUGAACACUGUAAUAAAAAAGCAGAUACUCUAGUGCUUUAUUAAUACAUAUCACUAAAGGAGCUGGAAACCAGGAAUAGCAGUGCCUUGCAUGUUUCCAUAUGUCCAAUGUAGUCAUAGAAUUGUAGAGUUGGAAGAGACCCUGAGGAUCAUCUGGUACAAACCCCUGCAAUGCAGGAAUAUGCAGCUGUCCCAAUACAGGGGAUCAAACUUGCAAGCUUGGCAUCAUCAGCACCAUGAUCUAACCAACUGAGCUAUCCUGAAGGGCCGUGCACCUAGAUCACAUUUAUGAUGGUUUGGACACCCCCCCCCGCCUGAACGCACCCAUUAAUGGUGCCUAGUUAUCGCAAACAGUAGAUUAGGCGGUGAAGGUCCUGUGUGAGUGUCUGGAGGCGGGUGGAGGAUGGAUGGUGGCUAACAGAUUGAGGUUGAAUCCUGACAAGACAGAAGUACUGUUUUUGGGGGACGAGGCGGGCGGGUAUGGAGGACUCCCUGGUCCUGAAUGGGGUAACUGUGCCCCUGAAGGACCAGGUGCGCAGCCUGGGAGUCAUUCUGGACUCACAGCUGUCCAUGGAGGUGCAGGUCAAAUCUGUGUCCAGGGCAGCUGUUUAUCAGCUCCAUCUGGUACAUAGGCUGAGACCCUACCUGCCCGCAGACUGUCUUGCCAGAGUGAUGCAUGCUCUACUUAUCUCUCGCUUGGACUACUGCAAUGCGCUCUAUGUGGGGCUACCUUUGAAGGUGACCCAGAAACUACAACUAAUCCAGAAUGUGGCAGCUAGAUUGGUGACUGGGAGCGGCCGCUGAGACCAUAUAACACCAGUGAGACCAUAUAACUCCCAGUACGUUUCUGAGCACAAUUCAAAGUGUUGGUGCUGACCUUUAAAGCCCUAAACGGCCUCGGUCCAGUAUACCUGAAGGAGUGUCUCCACCCCCAUCGUUCUGCCCGGACACUGAGGUCCAGUGCCGAGGGCCUUCUGGUGGUUCCCUCGCUGCAAGAAGCCAAAUUACAGGGAACCAGGCAGAGGGCCUUCUCGGUAGUGGCACCCGCCCUGUGGAACGCCCUCCCACCAGAUGUCAAAGAGAAAAAUAACUACCAAACGUUUAGAAGACAUUUGAAGGCAGCCCUGUUUAGGGAAGUUUUUAAUGUUUAAUAGGUUAUUGUAUUGAAUGUUUUGUUGUAAGCCGCCCAGAGUGGCUGGGGAAACUCAGCCAGAUGGGCGGGGUAUAUAUAAUAAAUUAUUAUUAUAUUAUUAUUAGGUGAUAAAUCUGUUUUAAGGUUAUAGCGCUCUGACUCCAGAUAGGGACUUACAUGAUUUCCGUUCCAUCCAGGAAAAUCCAGACCAGGCUUCCUCAACCUCGGCCCUCCAGACGUUUUGAGACUACAAUUCCCACCAUCCCUGACCACUGGUCCUGCUAGCUAGGGAUCAUGGGAGUUGUAGGCAAAAAACAUCUGGAGGGCUGAGGCUGAGGAAGCCUGAUCCAGACCCUGAGCACAGAACAGUAGAUGUUCUUCCAUGCAUAGGGAAUCAGAAGAAUAGAGGAGCAAUGCGUUCUGAGCAUUAGUCUUGAGCAGUAUAAUCCAAGGACAGGUGAGCCAAUUCAGCUGUCAGUGAGAUUAAGGCCUAAGCAUUUACAAGCAAUUGAAACUGGGUUCAGUGGCUAUCCAGUGACACGAGAUGCGGUUAUCCACUAGAUGUUUUCUUGUGAUUGUAGCUUGAAGCAAUUUUCACACCUCCAACCUUCAAACUGCUUAUUAGACUCUGCAGAGGAUUCUUUUAGGUGUGUGAAUAAUUUUUUUUUUAUUAGAAAUGGUUUUGCAAACAAUAAAACAACAAGAAAUAUUGAAUAUGUGCUUGCUCCUGCCCACCUAGCAGUUCGAAAGCAUGCCAAAAAGUGCAAGUAGAUAAAUUGGUACCGCUCCGGCGGGAAGGUAAAUAGCGUUUCUCUGCGCUGCUCUGGUUCGCCAGAAGCGGCAUAGUCAUGCUGGCCACAUGACCCGGAAGCUGUCUGCGGACAAACGCCGGCUCCCUUGGCCUGUAGAGCGAGAUGAGCGCCACAACCCCAGAGUCGUUUGCGACUGGACCUAACGGUCAGGGGUACCUUUAUAAUCAAUUACCACAAACCCUUUUCAGAAUGUUUCAGAGCCAGUACCUCUGUUAAUACAUUGUAUUAUUGGAUUCAAACCCCCCCCCCCCCAAAUGUAUGCUGAGAAACAGGCAAAUGCACCUUUCCUUUGUGGAGGUUAACAUAAGCAAAAAAAAAAAAGAGAAGAAAAAAAGGGAAAAAAAAGAAAGAAAAGAAAAGAAAAGGGAGUGGGUAGCCACACUUCCCAAAAUUUACCUUGCUGAUUUUUACCUGAAGCAAACCUACACUUUGGUGUUAUUUCUUCAAAAGCAGUUUAGGUGGUUGUUAGGUGUUCCUCGAGGGGAAAUCCCUGGGAAACGUCCAAAACAUUCCUCUGCGGUAGAAUAGGGUCCUGUGUUCAAAUUUGAGCUCUGUUGGGAACACCUUUAUUUCAGCCUUUGUCCUGAAAUUGGGAAUGGAACAGAUUAGGAAACAAUCCGAAUCUGCACAGCAGGGUUGUGUUUUCAAGGAGCGUAUAAGCUUUGUGCUCCAGACCAGUUCAGAAUGUGCAUUGCUGUGUGGAAUUGAUAUUAGUGUUAUGUAAUAUUCAAAUGCAUCCCCUCAGUGUUUUGGCUGCUGUGGGCUCUAGGGGUGGGGCCAAGGGCAAAAGAACUAAAUAGGGCAUAGGAAAAAAUUAGGGAUGCAUUUAUUUGUAUUGCCAAGUGAGCAAAGAUGAUGCUAAACAGUGCUCCAUAGCCUGCUGAAGAAUAAUGUAAAUUAUCUCCCUUUGCCUUGGGAGGCUAAUUAAAGAGGAGACAUAUAACUCUAUCUUAUCCUUUAGCGGAAAUACUCUCAAGAUUAUAAAGAUGCUGUGAACAGGCCUUCUGGGAUGUUUUGCAGCCCUAUUGAUUGCGGGCCUGACAGAAAAUUGCACUGGGCUCUGUGAGGUUUUCUCCCAAAUAAGUGUUCUUAUUUUCAUCUCUAGUCACUGCAGUUGGAGGCGAAAUAUGAUAGGCUACAUAACUGGCUCAAUUAGCCAAUCUCUCCCAGUCAAGGAAAUUUGUCUAAACUUUAUUUGCGUUUGCUGGUCUCCUGGUAACCCAUUCUUCUAGGAAUGUACAAUUUUGCCAUAAUACAAAACAUAAUACAGUAAAAUAAUAAAUGUGAUAAAAUGCAACAAUGGUACAGGGGAGAAAUGCAAAUAUAUAGAAAGGGGUAUGGUGAUCCCAAUGGAAGAGGGAAAUAAUAUGAUUGAAUGCUCUCAGGGCAGACUAAAGCCGAAUAAAUUUUUAAAAUAAAAUUUAAUGUUAAAAGUGGUAAACAGUGUUAAAGUGAAUGGAUGAGAAAAGAAAGAAAGAAAGAAAGAAAGAAAGAAAGAAGGCUUCACCUGGUGCUGAAAAUAUGUCACUAUGGGUACCAGGUGAGGAUUCUGCAGUGCGGGGCAGCUACUGAAAAGGCCCUGUCUCACUCACACUCUCUUGUUGCCUCUCUGUAUUUAGGGUACAGAGGGCACUUUGAGAAGGGCAGAGGUUUUUCAGGGCUUUUUAAGACAGGGUUUCCCACACUUCUGAGUUCCUUGACCCCUUGUCGAGCCUAUAAAGCUUUCAUUGACCCCAACCCCAAACUCUUUGGAAUGUAAAUAAAGGCAAGUGAUAUCAGUGUAUAAUCAACUUUUACUAAUCAUCAAUCACCAUGCCAGGGAGAGGCACUCUAUACAUGCCUAUACCUUUCAUUUCUGUGGCUCAUACUUCCAGUUUCAAAAUUAGUGCCCUAUGCCUUGCAAAAACCCCUUUUCCACCCAGGCCCCUUUUCCACCACUAGGUCUUUAUUCAUCCACUACACGCAGCCCAUUGACCCCAGGGGAUCACUAUCGACCAUUUUGGGAAACCCUGCAAAGCAACAAUAUCUUAUUAAACCUGGCUUAUUUUUCUCUCAGAAUUGAGCAUGUAUGUUGUUGGUAACUCUUUAAAUUUGUGCUUUUAAUGCAAGCUAGAUACCCGAAGAAAGGCAGAAACAGCUAAUAAACCUUCUCUUUCCCCAUCAUUCCGUAGUUAGUAGGAAUCCUUUGGAAUUAAAAAUAAAACAGAAUGAGAACCAGUCUAUUGCUGUAUAGUGGUGUAGAGGGGAGCAGCGCAGGCAAACAUAAGAGAGGCUGGAUUACGAAUCCCAUGGAAAUUACUUGCAGUGUUGAUUUUUAAUAUCCAAAUUAGCUGUGGUUUUGUCGCUGGCUAUGGGUUUCCAUCAUGCUGAAUGAGUUGCCUGACCCCUGGCUAAUUUUGUGUGUGGUGAUGCUGGUGCAAAGUGGGAGGGGAGCCCAGCGUUGUUGAUGGUUCAGUGUUGUUGAUGGUAGGACCGGAUUAUGGGAGCUCACUGACUUUUUCUGAUUUUGUCAGAUGAUGAAUAAGGUGUUUGGAGGCACGGUACACAAAAAAGAUGUCAGAGAAGAUGGAGUCUUCAGCAUUACACUGGAUAACACAUGUUCACUGUUCAGGUAUGCAGAUACUGGAAGGGGAAGCUAAUUUGUGGGACAGCCUUGAGGUUUAUAAAGGGCAGUUUUUAAUGGAAACAUGUAGGUUGAAUUCAGCGUUUCACCAGCAGGACAAAGACUUACCCCUCCUCUCCUCCUCCUGCAGCCCCCUGUCCUCCUCCCCAAUUAUCAUACUUUUCUGUGUAUAAGACUAGGUUUUUUCUUUAAAAAUUAUGCUAAAAAGUGAGGGUCGUCUUAUACAGGGAUAGUGCAUAGGGUGGACAUUUGAUUGGUUGCUGCUGCAGCUGUCAGCGGCUGUUGGGCGUGUUAUUGGUUGCUGCGUCAAGGGCUGGUGUUGAUUGGCUGACGCUGCGGCAAUUGGGCAAGCAAUUGGCAGCUUCUGCCGGCGAGGGGACAGACAAGGGGCGAAAUUUCCACUGCAUGUGGGUGAGCGAUUUUCAGCAACCCCCCCUAAAAAAAAGCUCAACAACUCUGAGCCAUCUCCCCCUGUGUUUUUCAAUUUGAGUCCCUAAGAACAGGGGGCGUCUUAUACAUGGGGGUGUCUUAUACACAGAAAAAUACGGUACUCUGCUCUGGACAUAAUCUGUUCCUUUUGAACCAUUUUGAAGAAAUAUGGAAAAAUGUUAAUUGGUGCAAUAAAUAAAUAGAACUAUUGCAUACUUAAUUUUGCAUUAAGGGCUUUAAACAACAACAACAAUAUGCAUUGUUUUGGUGAUCAUGUUUUUUCCUGUUUUUACUUAGGGGACUUCAGAAGGACGAGAUUGUGCUCCUCACUCAUGGAGAUAGUGUAGAUAAAGUAGCAGAUGGAUUCAAGGUUGUUGCACAGUCUGGAAAUGUUAUAGCAGGUUUGUAUUUUCCUCAUUGUUAACCAUUGAUUGGCUCAUAAAGAACCUGUUAAGCAAAAUGUGGAACAAAAACAAUGCAAAGCUAAUGGGCGAUAUCCAACAUUAGCCAUACUGAGAAUGAACCCAUUGAAAUAGACAGACUUAAGUCCACUGAGUUCAGUGAGUCUAGUGCAAUUUAGGAAUCUCCGAUAUCUGUACAUUCAAAUGGCAAGCAUUUUGCAUCUUGGAUUCCUAGCAAAGCUUAAGAAUUUAAAAAUGUGUAUCGGCAAGGUCCAAUUGAAACAGAAAAGUGUGGCCGUCAUCUUAGUUUUCAGUGAUAAAUUGCGAGGUGUUAAUUUUUUUAAUAGUAUUUUAAAUUAGAGAAGUUUGGAUACCACAGUGUUGUGAUCACCUUGCAAAGGAAUUCAUGUGGGAAACAGCUUUGACCCAGAUCACAUCAUGGGCACAGUUGAUGGUUGGGCACAUUCAGGAUAAUUUGGGUGGUUCUGAGCCUGCCUGCUAUCAUGCGUGGGGGGCAAGCCACGAUUCCUGGCUCAGUGUUAUGUCCAGACAGAGGUUUAUUUCACUUGAAUCGUGAUCAGUAAGCCAAGAGCAAUCCUUAGUACAAAAAGAAAGUCUUAUUCUGGUAUUUUGUUCAGCAUAUACUGUUUGUUUCCUUGCCUCAGAUUAACCACAUUUAAGCCUCGCAUAGCUGAAUUCUUUGCUAGGUGUUUUAGUUUUUUCUCUUUUGUUUUUAUACUGGUUUUAAGGUAUGCGUUCUUUAUUGUUGUAAGUUGUUUUGUGUUAACUUUGUCAAAAAAGUGACUAAUAGGUUAAUAAUAAUAAUAAUAAUAAUAAUGUGCAUCUACACACAGAGUAACAAUAGUAUAUGCUUAGAUUUCCCCAGGAAGGAUGGUGGUAGAUACAAAAUUUAACCAUACUUUAACAAAUACUUCCCUCUGGUUAGUUUUAUUGUUGAUUUGCGAUUCUCCACCCAAAUAUAAAUGGUCUCUUGUCCAUAUUGAUGUGAUUCUUAAGUGUUCUGACUUUUCUUUUCUUUUCACACCCCAAGCUAUAGCAAAUGAAUCUAAAAAACUCUAUGGAGCCCAGUUCCAUCCUGAAGUUAGCCUAACAGUGAAUGGAAAAGCGAUGCUGAAAAAUUUCCUUUACGAUAUCGCCGGCUGCAGCGGCACCUUCACCGUUCAAAACAGAGAACUGGAGUGCAUUCGAGACAUAAAAGAAAAAGUAGGCUCGUCAAAAGUCCUGGUAAGAUUUUGAAAGUUUGAUUUCAAUGCUCAUUCCUCUUCAUAAGAAUAGCAGUUGCUUAUGAUGCAACUUACUGCUUCCUGUUUACAUGGUUCAGCCCAGCCUUUGCCAGCCUGGGGCCCUUGGGAUGUUUUGGACUACAACUCCCAUCAGCCCCCUGUGCUGGCUGGAGCUGAUGGGAGUUGUAGUCCAAAACACCUGGAGGGCAUCAGGUCAGCAAAGGCUGCUUUAGCUUAUGUCAUUUUUUACGAAAAGAGUGGGAUGCCAUCUUACCAUGUUUGGUGUACUGUGGCUUUGAUACUUCAGUAAACUAUGGAAACGUAGUAAAGCAAAUGAAAUUCAGUGUGUAGAUGAAGGCAUUUUUCUGUUUACUGAAAUUCAUUUUAUUGAUUCUCACCCUGCCUUGCAGGUUUUACUCAGUGGAGGCGUGGACUCAACAGUGUGUACAGCUUUACUGAACCGGGCUUUAAAUCAAGACCAGGUGAUAGCAGUGCACAUAGAUAAUGGAUUCAUGCGCAAGAGGGAAAGCCAGUCUGUGGAAGAAGCACUCAAAAAGUUGGGAAUUCAAGUCAAAGGUACAACACCACUCCCUUCUUCACAAAUACAAAAAAUGAAAAAAAAAAACCCCGAAGUUCCGGUUUCUUUCCAUAAUGCUAGUUUCUGCAUUUGUAAGUUAGUUAGUUAGUUAGUUUUAACAUUAAUUUGUUUCAGACCAUUAACUGCUUUUCAGUGUCUGUAGCCCAGAAAAUGCAGAUUCUUCUACAGCUAUAGCUAGCCAACAUGGUGCCUUCCAAUGUUGUUGGAUUCCAUCCCAUUCUGCAUGGCCAAUGGCCAGGAGUGAUGGGACCUCUCAUCCAACGACUCUGGGAGUGCACCCCAAUUUAGGAUUUUAUUUUUCUUGGAAAACAUCUGCUGGAACUUCAAACCAACAGUACAGUCUGCUGAUUAGAAAUAAAAGUUCUCUUGGCACGAUGUUAGAAGCUACCCCCUCUGCUGCAUAUCCAUCUCCUGUUUUCAGGCUCACCCACGCUCCCUUUCUGCCCCAUAAACUUCCCCUAGAAUGCCUGUGUGGCUCAAACUUUCCCUUGCUUUCCCGCUGCUCCCUCCUUUUCACAGCCGCAGAGACCAUGUAACACCAGUCCUGAAAGGCCUACAUUGGCUCCCAGUACGUUUCCGAGCACAAUUCAAAGUGUUGGUGCUGACCUUUAAGGCCCUAAAUGGCCUCAGCCCAGGAUACCUGAAGGAGCGUCUCCACCCCCAUUGUUCAGCCCAAGCACUGAGGUCCAGCACCGAGGGCCUUCUGGUGGUUCCCUCACUGCGCGAAGUGAGGUUGCAGGGAAUCAGGCAGAGGGCCUACUCGGCAGUGGCGCCCGCCCUGUGGAAUGCCCUCCCAUCAGAUGUCAAGGAAAUAAACAACUACCUGACAUUUAGAAGACAUCUGAAGUUUGAUGUUUUAUUGUGUUUUUAAUAUUCUGUUGGGAGCCGCCCAGAGUGGCUGGGGAAACCCAACCAGAUAGGUGGGGUAUAAAUAAUAAAUUAUUAUUAUUAUUGCCAUAUUUUCCCAUGAAAUGUUUGGUUUAAUGCAUUCUCCAGUGGCUCCGAGUUAGGAUAGUCGUUUGUUCUGGGAAAAUGCCUCCUCUUGGUUAAUGGCCGAGUCUGGAAGCAAGAACAACACAGACUUUGUGAGGUAGUCCCUCUGCUCCCAGACCAGAUGUUGUCAAUACUCCUUGCCUGUAAUCUCCGAUUCUCCCGUGUCUUUAUUGUAAGGUUUGCAGAGCAGGGAUCUGUCUCCUGGUUCUGUUGCUUUUUAAAGUGUCGUGUCAAUAGUAGCGAUAAUAUAACAAGACUCCUCUUGUUGUCAUCUUUUGGGAUUACUUACACACUGUCAUGGAAGAAAGGUUACUCUCAUUUCUCUGUCUUGUGGGUAAUGACUGGCUGCAGUUUACAAUUUUGCCUUUUAUUAUGCCAAUAAACAAGAGUCUGUAAAAGCCAGCGUUCAGUAUGUUUUUAGAUUCUACAGUUUAGUUGCCAAAUUGUUUUUUUCUUUAGUACCCUGUGUUUAAACUGAUCUGUCCCCCCCCCCCCAAUUUGAUAAAGCUAUAGUACAGACAUAGGCAAACUUGGCCCUCCAGAUGUUUUGGGACUACAACUCCCAUCAUCCCUAUCUAACAGGACCAGUGGCCAGGGAUGGUGGGAAUUGUAGUCUCAAAACAUCUGGAGGGCCGAGUUUGCCUAUGCCUGCUAUAGUAUAACUUGGGGGGGGGAAAGCAAAGGAAAUGUUUUUGUUGGGGGAGGAGAUGUUUUAGUUGGACAUGGGUAAGGGAGUAUCUGAGCAUGCGAGUUCUCAUAUCAUUUCAGAGUUUUUCUUAACAGCAAACCUUGUCUGUUUCUUCAGUGGUAAAUGCAGCUCAUUCGUUCUACAAUGGCACAACAACUCUGCCCAUCUCUGAGGAAGACAGAACUCCACGAAAAAGGAUUAGCAAAACACUGAAUAUGACAACAAGUCCCGAGGAAAAACGCAAAAUUAUUGGUGACACCUUUGUGAAGGUAUCUGUUCUAGAAUUUAGGGAGAAACUUCGAAUGUACCCUUUCCCCCUGCCCUAGUUUUCAAGAGGAGGAUGUUGAAUUUUCACAGUUUUAAAGUUUUACAUUUGCUAGUUCUGUGUGUGUGUGCGUGUGUGUGUGUGUGCGCGCGCGUGUGUGUGCGCCCAUUAGCUGAUUUGGGCAUUUUGCUUCCAAAUUACAAUCUCUAGACAUGGAGCUGAAAAAGCCUCUUUCCUGUUAAUUCACCAGUUCCCAACAUUUUUGGGAUGCAUUCUUAUUCAGAGAUGUGCUCGUAGCAUGACCGAGACAUCAUCACAAUGAUAUUACACCCCAAAGGGUCAACCUCCAUCUCAUUAUGAAGACCUUGGGUUACCUCCUUUAGGAUACAUUUCAAGUGUAAUGGCUAGUUAGAAUAUACUGUUCUUAUUUUAAUACGUCCUUAUUUCACUUUUUCCUUGGACUAGAGGCCUCUGGUUAAAUGAAUUGGUGGUAGCUCCAGAUGUUUCACCCAGAUGUUUCUAGUCAGUUUGGGUCUGCGGUAUAGAUUUGUAAGGAGAUCCGAAUAGGAAUAACAAGAUUGAGCCUUACUGGCUUGAGAAGUGCUGUUUUCCUUUUUUUCAAGGAAGUUCCACAGCUCCGGAAUAGCCAGGAAGAUCACUGAAAUGGUGGCAGUAGUUGAUUAUUCGAGGGCUGUAGCUCCCUCCUCAACAGAGUACCUAUAACUGGAGUCCAGCUUUUAAUAUAGAUGAAAUGCAAUGGGUUUUAAAGUCCAGUAGAGGUUACCCACUGUCCUUUGCAUUUUGUGUAUGCUCAGAAUGACCGUGUUGUAAUUCUGCACUGGCCAGCCCUUAAAGCAUUUGUCCUCUAACCCUGACACUUAAUUCACAAAUAGCUAUAAAGGAAAUGCUUGCAUCAUUAGAAAGAGGUUGCUGCAGCAGCUGGAACAGACUCUUAAGAGUUUAUUUAUUGCUAGCUUGGCUAAAAAAUAACGAAUGCAUUUUUGCUAACAGCUUGCAUGGUGAAAAAAACUGUGGUAGAAACACAGUGUGUAAAAUGCCAAACAUUAAUCUCAAACACACACACACACACACACACACACACACCACUUAUUGUUGUGCCAACAGAAACAAUACAUUUAGUACGUUGUAAUAGUGUAAUAUCUACAGUUGAAAAAAAUGUGAAGAAGGCUACAUUGUCAUACAGUUCAAUGUUUCAUCCCAGUGUUACAGAGUUCAUAGCUUUGGUAAAAUCAGUUGUUACAUUAACAAUAAAAGGGGAUGGAUAAAUGUUGGUAAAUUAAAUUUAUGCUUCCUACUAAGUGGAAGGCACGGAGCGUGAAUAUCUCCUUAUCAUGCAGAGAGGGCUGCAGUUCUCAGGGAAAAAUGGAGCCUUGUAAUAAAAUUUGAGGACUUGAAGCAUCUUCUCCGCUUCUCUCUCCUCUUCUCCCACCCCCAAACCCCGUAGAUUGCUAAUGAAGUUAUUGGAGAAAUGAACCUGAAACCGGAAGAAGUCUUCCUCGCUCAGGGAACGUUGAGGCCCGACCUCAUUGAAAGUGCUUCUGUGGUUGCCAGUGGCAAAGCAGAAGUCAUCAAGACUCAUCACAACGACACAGAGCUCAUCAGAAAGCUGAGGGAAGAGGUAAAUAGAAAGUUACGUCUAAUUGUUCAGAUGGGCCGGUUGACUGUGGUAAGCAACACAAGGCCUGUUGCAUUUCCUUCAUGGCUUUGUAUGUAGCGUUGAGCAUUUUAGGCAGUAUUUUCAAGUAACGCUUUUAGAAAUUGGUGGUGGUCCUAUCAUGUAUAAAGGCCUUCUCCCACCCCCAAUACUAACCCAACAUCUCAUGGGUAUUUGUAUACAGGACAACUUACAAAGAGAUUUUUAUACUGGAUAAACAGAACAACCAUUUCAGAUCCAGUCUAUGAUAUAAAUCAGAAUUUGUUCUGGUUUAGUCACCAGGAGACCAAAAACAGCUAGACCGCAUUAAUUUUACAGAAUACGUUUAUGCCUUAUCGCAGCAGUUUCUCAGCCCUCCCUACUAAGUGCUUUGAAUCACUUCCCUGUUGCUUUGGCUCCUGCGACGAUUUCAUUGGGGUGGGAGAAGCGAGGUUUAAAUUAUAGUCCCAGUUGUAUAGCGGCAUCGUUGUAUUAGAUUUGUUUUCUCAUUAGUUCUGUAUUACUCCAAAGAGAGGGCCCGAAUGCGAAAUGCGCUGUUUUCCAUUGCAGGGGAAGGUAAUAGAACCACUGAAAGAUUUCCAUAAGGAUGAAGUGAGAGUGCUUGGGAGAGAACUGGGUCUGCCGGAAGAGCUGGUCUCAAGACACCCAUUCCCAGGUACAGGUGGUUUCUGUUCCAGGUUUUGAGGAAACUUUGAGCAACACAUCCUUCACAGGGGCCUCCUCCCUCAGUAAGUCUAUCUCCCAGGGGGCUCUUGAUGGUGGACCCCCUGCUCAACCAUGGUGAUCCUUGAUGCUGCCCAGGGCAUAAUCGCAUUAGCAGAAUUCACCAAGAAGUGGAUCCACCGGUGCCCUUCUGCAAAAGGAAAGAUUUUCUGUUCAUGGAAGUGUGUAUACUGUGGUUGGAGCCUAACUGACAGACUAUAGACAGUGUCAAAACUUUGCAAUAGAAACUCUAUGGUAGUCAAAAGCCUGCACAGUUUUAAGUGGAAUCUUUUUAAAAACUAUAAUUUUUACUGAAUUUGUAUGCAAUUCCAACACGGCGUAUUUGUAUGCUGCUUUUCCAUAAUUCAACGGUGCUCAGCGGGUCUCACAACAUCAAAAGGUUAACCCGAAUCACUAACAGUUGCAAGGCGUCACAAAGUUUAAAUGGUCAUGAGCAAUAAACUUAGGGAAACGCCUCCUCUUAUUAAAUGAGCAAUGAAAUUUAACAAGCCACUGAUAAUUAAACCAUAAACAGAAAACCUAGUUAACAGCAAAAAUAAUAACACCUCCAAAGCUAAAUCUUGACCCCAGCAGCAGCCCUUAGACCAGGCAUAGGCAAACUCUGCUUUCCAGAUGUUUUGGGACUACAACUCCCAUCAUCCCUAGCUAACAGGACCAGUGGUCAGGGAUGAUGGGAGUUGUAGUCCCGAAACAUCUGGAGGGUUGAGUUUGCCUAUGCCUGCCUUAGACAAUGCCCUCCCCACACAAUCUGUAGCCAUCCUGAACUGCAGAAACAGUCAAGGCCCUGGCCUCCCAAGCCAGGUGAAAAUCAGCCCGGCAAGCAGGGAGCAGGUCUUGCAGGAUUCACUACAUGAUCGUCUUUCCAAACAAUGCAGAGUAAACUAUUCCAAGCUUGCCUUUCAGCUGAAGAAUGCGAAGGGGUUUGGGCUAUUUGGUGGGGAGGAGAAACGGAAGCCAAAUAUAGGGCAAGGGAGACCAAGGAAGUAGCACAUGGAGCUGGGAGCAGGAGUGAGGAUACAGCCCUUUUCUUUUUUUCAAGUGAAGCCUCACAAUAAGAGUAAAUAGUGCUUCAGACCUCACUGCUGCUUUUGCAUAUGCAAGCCAAGCGUGUUGCAGAUAAAUGGCAGCAUGGCCUAAACACUCAUAAGUGCAGUCAUGUAUGUAGCAUUGCUGAAAUACAACUUGCCACUUAUAUGUUGGUAACCGAUUCCACGGUGCUGUUCCAAUACUGUUUUUUUCAGGUCCUGGCCUUGCAAUUAGGGUAAUAUGUGCCGAAGAACCGUAUGUUUGCAAAGACUUCCCUGAAACGAACAACAUUUUGAAAAUCAUAGCAGACUUUUCUGCGAGUGUUAAAAAGGUAAUUAAUUGUGACUAGAAUUGAAGGGUAUAAAUUCCUAUGUGGAUUAUGAUAAGCCACUGCGAUAGAUAAGCUUGGCUUAAUUGUCCCUUUAUUUCAAUUUCUUUAAGCCACUUGCUGAAGAACCCUCAAGACAUUAUUCUUUCUAGUGCACUUUCUUCCCAUCCCUCCUGCUCCAUAUCCUCACCUUCCCUUCCUGUGUUUCCCAUCAGAUUAUGCUGGCUUUUCCUGUCAGUUCUACUUAAGCCAUUGUUUGCAGAGUAGGCACUCUUUUCUUUCUUCAAGAAAGUUCUCAAGAUGAAUCCCCUCCGCUCCCCAUUUUAUGUCUUCUGUCUUGGUUUCUACCCUUAUGUUCUGAUCCUUCAUAGCCUAGCAAUUUACAAUGGGUUCCUUUCCCCAACCUCUUUUGUAUUAGUUAUAUCAGAUGUAGCUAGCAUGGUGCCCUCCCAGUGUUGCUGGGACUACAACUCCCAGCAUUCCUUGCCAUUGGCUAUGCUGGCUUGGAUUGGUUGGAGUCAGAAUCCAACAACAUUUGAAGAGCACCGUGUUAUCUUGCAUUUAGCACAGGAGUAGCCAAGUGCUUCCAACUGGGAAUGUCUCUGAUUCAGGGGUCAGCAAACUUUUUAAGCAAGGUCCCUCAGACCUUGUGGGGGGCCGGAAUAUAUUUUGAAAAUAAAAAUGAAUGAAUUCCUAUGCCCCACAAAUAACCCAGAGAUGCGUUUCAAAUAAAAGCACACAUUCUACUCAUGUAAGAACACCAGGCAGGCCCCACAAAUUACCCAGAAAUGUAUUUUAAAUAAAAGGACACAUUCUACUCAUGUAAAAAGACGCUGAUUCCAGGACCAUCUGCGGGCCGGAUUUAGAAGGCGAUUGGGCCAGAUCUGGCCCCCGGGCCUUAGUCUGCCAACCCAUGGAUUAUAUAUUUGUACCAUGUGUAGUAGAUGAUGGGUGGCUUAGAAAUAACAAAUUGGACCUUAAACUAACAUGAUAUGACAGCACUGGUCUAGCCACACACCUGGCCUCUUUGUUGAAGAACCCCUUAUUUUCCAACCUCUGCCUUUAUGCAAAACACUAGCUUCCAGUGAGACGUAGCUGAGUAAUAAUCUCAGGUGUUUUGAUUGGACUUUUUCCCUUUGCUGUCCAGCCUCACACUCUGUUGCAGAGGGUCAAAGCGUGUACAACUGAGGAAGACCAGGAGAAACUGAUGCAAAUCACAAGUCUACAUUCGUUGAAUGCCUUUCUGCUGCCAAUCAAAACUGUAGGAGUACAGGUGAGUGCGUUGACGCUGUGGUAAUCAUACGUAAAACUUGCAUGGCUAGAUUGCAGGUAACAAAUUUAGCGUUUUUGGAGCCAAAAUAGAGUACGUCCAAAAUGGAUUGGGAUUAAGCAAUGGAAGAGCUAUUUUUUAAAAAUAUAUGUGACAGCCUCUAAAUGUCUAAAUGGUCACUUCGGUAAGGCUUGGAAAUACUGAAGCAUUCUUAAGAUUAAAUAGCAUCACUCACACUGUAUUCCAUCAGGUUCAGGCUUCCGUUGGAGAAGCAGCAGCUGGAGGCUCAUACAUAUAUUCCUACCAAUUUGCUCACUGCAGACAAAAUUCUGCUUUUACCUGUUCUGCUUUUAUAAGACUCGUUUUACUGUCCUCCUUAUACUGUCCUAUUAUUAUUAUUUUUGUGCUAUUUUUCUAUGCCACUUAGAGAUACUUGAAAUACGUUGGGGCUGAGAAAUGCUUUUCAGUAAAUAAGUAAACAAACAAACCAGUUCUGCUUUCCUGGGGCAGUUCAGGCACCUGUCAGACACAAAGCCAAUUAAAGGCUCAGAACUGCAUGCAUUGUAGCUUUAUUGGCUCUGGGAGAUAGGCCAGUUGUCUGUUCUGGACAGAGUCACAAUCCCUCUGAAAGAAGGGGCUCGCGGUUCAGGGCUGUGCUUGGAUUCAUCUUAGUUGCUUAGAAGCUCAAGUGGCUAGGAGUGCCUUUCGCCAGCUACGUCCUUGAAACGGUCUUGCCUCACCCUGGUGAUUCCUAGAUUGGCAAUUUGAUCAUUGCAAUGCGCCAUGUGUGGAACCCUUGGGCUUGGCCUGGAUGCUCUGGCUGAUUUAAGAUGCCACAAGCUAGAGUUGAUGAGGAUGGGCUUUCACAAGCCCAGAACUCUGGUGCUUAAAAGCUUGUACAGUUGUACCUCAUGUUACUUGUGAGUGUUCUGGUUUGCGAACGUUCUUUGGAACCCAAACGUCCGUCGGGUUCCUGCAGCCAGUCGCAAGCCGCGCCUUGGUUCCCAAUUGUUUUGGAAGUUGAACGGACUUCUGGAAUGGAUUUCGUUUGACUUCUGAGGUACGACUGUACUGGCUACCCAUGUGCUACCAGUAGGCAGGGUGAUAUAUCAAUACAUCGUCCAAAAUUGGUUUGAAGUCUGCAUCAUGAUAACAGUUUCAUAAUGUAUGAUUUGGCAAUAUAUCGAGAAUCACAGUGUGUGUGUGUGUGCGCACAUGCGCAUGCACUAUGUAAAAAAUUCCAAUAUGGGGGAAACCGCGAAGCCGGCCAUCACUUCUCUCGUGGCUCCUGCUUCCUGUUGCUUAUUACUGUAAAACAACAACAGUUAAAGGUAAGUAAAAAUGCAUCAGUUUUAGACCCCUAAGUAGUAGCAGCUGCCAGUACUCCGUUUCCCUCUACAUAGUUGCAUCCUUCUUUCAGACAUCGUGAUACAGGGGUACCUCGGUUUACGAGCUUAAUCUGUUCUGGAAGUCCGUUCUUAAACCAAAACCGUUCUUAAACCGAGGCGCACUUUCCCUAAUGAGGCCUCCCGCCGCCGGUGCCCUUUCACUGUUCAGAUUCCGUUCUUAAACCAAGGUAAAGUUUGCAAACCAGGACACUACUUCCGGUUUUGCGGAGUUCGUAAACUGAAUCGUUCGUAAACAGGACUGUUCUUAAACCGAGGUACCACUGUAUAGGUAUAUCACAAUGUUUAAAACGGGAUAUCGCUCAGCUUUACCUUACUAGUCCUUGUUGCAAGGCCCUUAACUUGGGUCCAGGGUACAGACCACUUGAUGCUUUAUAUUCCUGUCUGAUCCCGGAGGUUUUCAGGGGAGUCAUGUUUAGUGGUCCCCCAUGACCGAGAUGCAAGGCUCAUAUCUGCCAGAAUCUGUGCAUAUUCAGCAUUCUGUGCCUGGUUCUGUGAAGCUGCCCCUUGGCUGACAUCCCCUAUUGAAUUUAAGGCAUUUUGGGUAGGCAUAAUUUCAUCAGGCAUUUCAAGUAAGCUUUUCUGAAUUAAUUUUUGCUAAUUUAAUCCUUUGCACCUCUUUCCCCACAUCUCCAUACACAGCAGUGUGCAAACUGGAGUGUCGAACGGUAUAUAACUUGUUGCAAGGAAAGAACUCGAUGAGGUUUCAGCUAAUGCAAAUGUUUCAGCUGUCGAUUUUGUUUUGCUGCUUUGCAGGGUGAUUGCCGCUCCUACAGCUAUGUAUGUGGGAUCUCCAGCAAAGAUGCUCCACACUGGGAGUCCCUUAUGUUCCUAUCGAGACUCAUCCCCCGCAUGUGUCACAACAUAAACCGGUAUAUAUCUGCAGCAUUUAAAAAAAUACAGCUGCUGCUGAUUUUGUUGUUUGCUUACAUUAUUGCUUUGGUAAAUUUUUAACUUACACACAAGAAGUAAAAAUGAAACUACCGUAUAGAAGAACAUGCUACUGCCUUUCUUGAGUGCUUAUUAUAAAUUGGAGAUGUAAAACUUUUGGAAAUUUUGAAGCCAGCGGGGUGGGGAUCUUGUUUUAGGAUUGCUGGGAAUCGAAGUACAUAUGCAAUACCUUCUUAUCAAACCUAAACUUAUUUUAUUGCUUUAACCACAUUAAAUGCACCAGUUGCAACAUAUUUAUCAAAUAAAAUUGUACUUCGGCAUAGUCAUAACAUUUAUGACAGAAUUGCCUUGACUCAGAAGUAAGCCCCACUAUGUUUAGUGGUGCUUACUUCUGUGUAAGCACACGUAGGCUUGCAUGAAUGUCGUCAACUGCUACCCUGAGUGUGUCUCUUUGAAUACAUGCGUAGGAUUGCACUGUUAGUGUCACAGUGAAUUGAUGGGAGAGAUGAAAAGGUUGACCUUAAGAGAGAGAGGCCACGUCAAAAGCUUUUGGUAUCUUGAAACUUGUAGGCCAGAGACCAUCAAAGGGAGGCCAGCAGCAAUUCACAAGCAAUAAAGGCUCUGUAAGCUUAUCUCAUGAAAAUGGCAGGCACCCUUCUAGGUGGAUCUGAGUAUUGUAUGUGUCAGUUACAGGGCACAGGAGCUAAAAUGCUCUUCAUACUACAAACUCAGAGUAAAGCCUUGUUUUUUAAAGAAGCAUUCCACUCGAUUCAAAAAGAGAAAAUAAUUCGUUCGAAAACCAAGGUACCACUGUAUACUGGAAAGCUAAGUGUCAAGUGCUGCAGGCAUGAGUGCUCUUAACAGUGGGGGCUUUUAAAGCAAGGGAAGGAAGGAAACUUUUGCUUUAGUAUUGGAAUAAAAAGACUGCACAUAUUCUGAAUGUUAACGUUUUCCAAACAGGAUACCUGGCUUUUUAAAUAAAUGAUGUAACGACUGUCUGUGGGAAUUAAAGGCACUGUGCACCCAAGUUUUACAUGGUUGGACAAAGCCAGAAUUUAUAAUACUGUCUGCUAUUCUGGUAGUUUAUAAAUGUAUUGCUUAUCUUUCCCUAACCUGGCACAAGAAGUUGGGGACUGAAACUCCUUUUAGCCCUAGCCAGCGAAGUGCUUGCAUUAUUCAGUUUGCAGUAAACCACACACUCCAACGCUUCAUUUUCUUCCCUCCGUAGAGUUGUCUAUGUGUUUGGCCCACCUGUCAAAGAACCUCCCACAGACGUUACUCCCACUUUCCUGACAACAGGAGUCCUCAGCACAUUGCGGCAAGCUGAUUUUGAGGCUCAUAAUAUUCUCAGGGAGUCUGGUUAGUAUGUGCAUUUGUUCAGUGGAAGGUCAUUGCUUAGUUAUUUGCUAAGAGGUCUGCUGCCCUUGAAUUGCCAUUGGCAAAGACCACUUAACAGUUCAGAAUUUGUCAAGCAACCCAGAUUUUGGUGCAAGACAAUAAAGUAAAAGUUUGCAUAACAGAUGUUUAUUUUGUAGAACCCUGGCUUCAGAAAGUUGAAUUUUCUGGGACACUGCAAUUUCUUGAUUUUGUAGCAGAAAAACUGAAUCACAUGGAAGUGAAUCACACGAAAGUUUUAAAAGAAGCUACAGUGGUACCUCGGGUUAAGUACUUAAUUCGUUCCGGAGGUCCGUACUUAACCUGAAACUGUUCUUAACCUGAAGCACCACUUUAACUAAUGGGGCCUCCUGCUGCUGCCGCGCCGCCGGAGCACGAUUUCUGUUCUCAUCCUGAAGCAAAGUUCUUAACCUGAAGCACUAUUUAUGGGUUAGCGGAGUCUGUAACCUGAAGCGUAUGUAACCUGAAGCGUAUGUAACCCGAGGUACCACUGUAAUUUGAUGCAUGCAGCUCUUAACCAAGAGCAGUUUCUGAAUUGUACCAUGGAGUACAGUCUGUCUUUAUGCUGCUCUUUGUUUUCGUUUGUAUCCUGCCCUUCCUUAGAGGAGCUCAGGAUGGCAAAAUGAGCUCCCUCCCCCUAUUUUAUCCUGACAACAACCCUGUGACAUAGAUUCGGCCAAGCUAGUGAUUGGCCCAAGACUACCCAGUGAGCUUCACGACUGAAUUGGGAGUAGGAAUUCUGGUCUCCCAAGUCCUAGUCCAGCAAUGUAAUUGAGGGAUGGGGGACCUGCCAACCUCUGGGUGUUGUUCAACCACAACUUUAGUCAUUCCUGACGAUCUGCUCUAAUCAGUACACUACGCCGGCUCUCUCGGUCCAUAUAACGGUUUGUUAAUUGCAAUAUUCUUGCUUUCUUAUGCCAAGGUUAUGCCGGAAAAAUCAGCCAGAUGCCAGUCAUCUUGACACCGUUGCAUUUUGACCGAGAUCCCCUUCAGAAGCAGCCUUCCUGUCAAAGAUCUGUGGUCAUUCGGACCUUCAUCACUAGUGAUUUCAUGACGGGUAUUGCAGCGACUCCCGGCAAUGAGAUACCAGAAGAGGUAAAACUUUCAGAAUAAUCAUUCGGAACUGCCUUUUCUUUCUUUGCUAAUAUGGAAACUGUGCUUGUUCCUUUAUUCAAAAUAGUUUAAAAGUUCUUUUUUGUAGCACAGAAAUAAAUCUGUGCUCUGGCCCUCAAACUGCUCCUGGGAGAUGUAUCAGUCCAUCGCCCAGGCCUAUGCUGGACAGUUGUACCUUGUAUCCCGAAUGCCUUGCAAGUCUAAUGUUUUGGCUCCCACACACCGCAAACCCGGAAAGUGAGUGUUCUGGUUUGCAAACGUUCUUUGGAACCCAAACGUCCGACAGGGCUUCCGUGGCUUCCGAUUGGCUGCAGAACCUUCCUGCAACCAACCAGAAGCCGCGCUUUGGUUUCCGAAUGUUUUGGAAGUCGAACGGACUUCCAGAACGGAUUCCGUUCUACUUCCAAGGUAUGACUGUAGUAAGUGUAUGAGCUUCCUCUCCAAAAUGUUUGCCUGAUUUUUUGUUUUUGUUUUUUUGCAAACAAAAUAAUACCAGGCUAUAUUUUAAAACUUUGACGCAUCAUUCCUACUCCUUUCUAGACAGUUGUGUAAAGUAGUCUAAUGAAUACCCUGUGCCUUACAUUACAGCCCCGAUUUAUCCCUCAUUCAGACCAGGGAGCCUGUCUACUUAACUGCUCUUCUCACUUUGUUUUGUUCCUAAAUAAACGCAGGUUGUGUUGAAGAUGGUGGCAGAGAUUAAGAAGAUUCCUGGCAUCUCCCGGGUGAUGUAUGACUUGACUUCAAAACCACCAGGAACAACUGAGUGGGAAUAA